AUGGCGCCGCUGCGCCUGCUCCUCCUGCAGCUCCUGCCGCUCCUUUGUGCCGCCGCCGCCGCUGGCGGAGAGACGCGCGGGGCGGCGCGGAGCUGCGCGGAGAGUCGGCAGGCGCUGGCCGGGCGCGGCUUCGCCCUCGCCUCGCUGCCGCCCAGCCUCAUCUCCGGUAAGCGGGCGCCCCGUCCUGGCACCGCUGGGGGCACGGGCAGCAAACUUUCCCGGGCGUCUCCAGGACGUGGAUCAGGGAGAGGGGCGUCUCGCGUGGGUCCCCACCGCCCCUCUUCUCCGGGUCUCGGAAGGAAGUUGCGGGGAAGGCUCCCCCCACGCCCCCCUCGCCCGGACGAGGCGGCCGCAGAGCGAGCAGCAGGGCUCGCGCCACCCCUCCCCCCGCGCGCCCGUGGGGACUGUCCCCUGCCUCGCCAUUGCCCCUUUUCUCUGGGUCUUUCGGGCAGAAGUUGCGGGGAAGCCCCCCAUUUUCCCAAGUCCGACGGGACGUUUUCUCCGUCAGCCCAUUCAAGCCUCGUGGAGGGACGCUUCCCCGACCGAGGGACCCCUCACAGGCAGCCAGCGCCCCCCGCGCCCGUUCGCUGCCUCUUCUCUGCCUCCUUAGCGCUUCAGAAGCCCCUCUCCACCUCUCCUGUCCUCUGGAAGGGCGCUCCGUGUUCUGUGGAGUUGGGCGGGGGCUAGCAAGCAGGAGCACCCCCAGCACCCUCCAUUUCUCUUAGCUUCUUUAUUGUACCUCCAGACCACCUCUUUUUCUCUAGGCAAGUUCAUGGUGAUGCCCCUAGUUCUCUUUCUCCUCUCCGUUUUCUCCUCACAACAACCCUGUGAGGUCCGCUAGGCUGAGAGAAGGCAGUGACUGGCUCUGGAGGUCGCUGAGUGGGGGAAUUUGAACCCUGGUCUCUCCCAGGUCCUAGCUGGACACGCUAAACACUAGGCCACCACUCACUUUCUCAUGCGUUUAUGUGGGAACUGCUCCUGGCUGCAAUUUUGCCACCCCCCCCCCAAAAAACACACACUCUGAGACUCCUGUGUUGCAGGGGUUGGACUAGAUGACCCUCAGGGUCCCCUCCAACUCUACAAUGUUGGGCUGGGGAGGCUGCCACCGCCUUUGUUCCCCUAUGAGGGGUGGGGAGCACUUCCCUCCAGCUGUGGGGCCAGGCAGGCUAACAGCAAUCCUCUUCCCCCCUCCCAGGAGAGCACCUGCGCAUCUGCCCCCAGGAGUACACCUGCUGCGCCAGCGAGACGGAGGAGCGUCUGAGUGAGCAGAGCCGGGGGGAUCUCCAGGGCCUGGUGGGAGAGGCAGCCGGCUUCCUGCUCAGCACCCUAGGCUCCCGCCAGCGCCGCUUCCACGGUGAGGUGGAGGGAGGUUUCCAGCACCUCCCUGUUCCCUUUGGGAAACCCCAGAGGCUGUGGGACCCCCAACCCACUGGAGGUCCUGAAGGGCUGGAUGAAAGUUAUCCCCCACUCUAUGCCAGAAUCUGCUCCGGAUCCUUAAGAAAGCGGGGGGGGGGGGACCUCUUGGCCAAUGGAGCUCCGGGGUUGAGGUGGGGGGCCUUUUGCCCUGAGCAGCAGAGGAAGCUGGUCUGCCACCCCCAACUUGGCUUGUUGCCUCCCCACUCUCCUAGUUUCCAAUUUCCACCCAACUGCACACCUGCUUUGCACCCCUAAGUUGUGCAAUGGGGCGCUGCAGCUUGCGGCUGCCUGUAAGCCUUUGUCCUGCACCCCAAAGGGGGGCAGUAGUGAGGGAAGCGCAAUGUGCACAUGCUCAGGAGAAGGCUCCUUUUCAGAGGCAGAGUUUUGGCUCAACCUACCUUCUUCCUCCUCUUCCUUUUCUUCUUCCUUUCCUUCUUCCUCCUCCUCCCCGCAUCUCCCUGCCCCCACAGACUUCUUCCGGGAGCUCCUGGCUGGGGCAGAGCAGUCCCUCCAGGCCAUGUUCACCCGCUCCUAUGGGCGCCUCUAUGCCCAGCAUGCCCGCCUCUUCCAGGGGCUCUUUGUGGAGCUGCGGCGCCACCUGCAGGGAGCACGACCUGGGCUGGAUGAGGCCCUGAGCGACUUCUGGGCCCGCCUGCUGGAGCGGAUGCUGCCCCUGCUCAACCCCCAGUACAGCUUCCCCGAAGGCUACCUGGAGUGUGUGGGGCACCAGGCAGAGGGGCUGCGGGCCUUUGGGGACAGCCCCCGCCAGCUCCGCGUGCAGGUGAGUCCACCCCCUGGCCCUCCCCUCCCCACCCUCCCUGGGACGCCACAACACCCUCUUGCUUCUUCAUGUGACCCAUAGUGAACCCAUGGAACUCCCUCCCACAGGAGGCAGGGAUGUCCACUAACUUGGAGGGCUUCCAAAGAGCAUUGGACCGAUGCACAGAGGAGGAGAGAGCUCUCGGGGCCACUGGCGAGACUGGCCCUGCUCUGCCUCCACAUUUAGAGGCAGCAGGAGGGAAGAAAGGCUAUUGUGCUUGGAUCCUGCUGGCAGACUUCUCACGAGCAUCUAGCUGGGCCCCUGGCCUGAUCCAGCAGCUCUCUCCUCAUGCACUUGCAAGGGAUGGGCUCAGGCCACAGGGAACCCCUCUUCUCUGGGGCUCAUGUCAGCCCUCAGCUGUGGGGCAAAAGGCAAUUUCGAGUCCAGAAAUGUUCUGAGGCGUCCCUGACUUUGUGUGCAGGAUCAAGAGCAUAAACAGUUGGCUUCCAGCUGUGCCUGAGUUCUCUACCAACUCUGGGCGCAGAUGAAUUACCCAUAGAUCCAGCUCCCAGUCACUGAUACACACACACUCAUUCCUGCAUGGGACUGCCAUAUCUUGAAGAGCAAAAAAGACGACAGCCUGAGUUGCUUGGGCUGGCCGUGGUGUGCAGAGCAGCCAGCACCUGAGCCAAAAACAAACAAACAAACAAACAAACAAACAAACAAAACCGCACAACCCAGAAAUAAAUAAAUACCCCCCCAACCCUGAACCUUUCUUUUAAAAUGUAAAAAUUCCCCCGGAUGGGUUUGUUGGCCCCCCAAAAGAGGACAUAUCUGGGAUUUCAUGGGCGUAUGGCAACCUUAGCCCUGCAAGACUGUGGGGCAGGUGGGUGGGAGGGUCGGGUGUGGGUGGGUGGUGCAGGGUUGGCCCCCAACAUGUUGGCACCUGAGGCAAAACACAAAAUUGCCUCUUAUCUCUUGGCCGGAGAAGGCAGGUGAGCGAAGAUCUACAGCUGGAACAAGCCAGGAAUGAAGAUCUACAUCGGGAACAAGGCAGGGGGAGAGACCAGCAGCACCUCCAACUGGCCAGGAGGCCACUGCAGCAUUGGGUGGAGGGCAGAACCUGCCUCCAGGGAGUGCACCACAUUCAUGGCAGCAGUGGGCCAUGCAUUCCUUGGAGUCCGGAUCUGAUGCCCCUGUGGGUCCUGCCUCACCUUGCCUCAGGGGUGGGCUGUCCUGGGCUGUGUGCAUGCAUGCGUGUGUCCAGCUGCUCAGCUGCCCUUCCUGGCCGCUCUGUCCUGCUCCCCUGCAGGUGACUCGCGCCUUCAUUGCUGCUCGAGCCUUUGUCCAGGGCCUGGCGACCGGACGAGAUGUGGUGGUCCAGGCGGUCAAGGUGAGAAGCCUGGCCUGAGUGAGCUGCCCCCUGGCUGAGGAGAAGGUUACACUUCUGCAAGCAUCUUGAUAGAGAGAAGGAGCCUAGAUGGGCAGGAUAUUAUUAUUAUUAUUAUUAUUAUUAUUAUUAUUACCUGCCCCCACCCAGCCGUCCUCCCUAUGCAGUCAGGUUUGCUCCACUGCCCCCACCUUCCCUCUCCCCACACCCCACAUUGCUGCCAAAGUCCUCUCCAAAGGAGCAGCAGUGUUGGGAGGAUAUCAGAUCAGUCACUUCUGGCUUGCAAAUAUCUCCAGGGAAAAGGAAGGACUACUUCACACAGAACCGUUAACCUUGAGUGGGAAGGGAUCCCCAAGGGCAGUGCAGGAAUCCUACUCUGGCUCCACAAUCGGAGGCAGUGGUGCUUUUCAGUAAUACCACUUGCUGGAAACUGCAAGGGGGGAGAGUGGCUCUUGCGUCCGAAUCCUGAUUGUGGGUUUCCUGCAGGCAUCUGCUUGGUCACCAUGAGAACAGGAAGCUGGACCAGAAGUCCCUCUUUGGCCUGAUGCAGAAGGAUCUUAUGAUGUUCUUCUGAGGGUUUCAUCUGUAGACAUGAGAAAAGAGAGGCGGGUGGGGGAUGUAAUGGAGAAUGCGGAGAGCACUUUUCCUUUGCUGCCAUCACAAAGAGUUUCUCUGAGCACAUGCAGAGAGUUUCCUCUUCUUCUUUUUUUGAAUAAAUUUUUAUUAGUUUUCCAUACAAUUAUACAUUUUUAUCCAAAUUUCAACAAAUUGUCUCUUUUUGAACUUCCUUCAGCGUCUCUGACAAUCAUCCAUGUUUAUAUCUUUAAUACACAUUCCCUUCAUUCGUAUUGCCAUUAAACUUCCCUUCUCCUUCUAUUUCUUAUUAACAAUACUUCUCUGUUUUUACAGUGCCUCUUGAAAUCCCACUAGCGUUGUUUUCACAUCACAUACAUUUUUCAGAUAAUCUACGAACUUUCCCCAGUCUUCGAUGAACUUUUGGUCUCUGGUGUAUCUAAUUUUCCCAGUUAGUUUGUCCAAUUCCGCAUAGUCUGUCAGUUUCAUUCUCCAUUCUUCUAUCGUCGGUAUUUCCUCUUGUUUCCAUUUCUGGGCCAACAGGAUUCUGGCUGCCGUAACUGCAUAUUGGAAAAGUUUACAGUCUUUUCUUCUUAUUUCCUUUCCUGUAAUCCCUAAAAGAAAAGCCUCUGGUUUUUUUUACAAAAGUGUAUCUUAACAUCUUUUUCAUUUCAUUAUAAAUCACUUCCCAAAGGCUUUUCACUUUCUUACAUUCCCACCACAAAUGAAAGAAUGUUCCUUCUUUUUCUUUACAUUUCCAACAUUUGUUGCACGUCUUAUACAUCUUUGCUAACUUUACAGGUGUAAUGUACCAUCUAUAAAACAUUUUCAUAACAUUUUCUUUCAGUGCCGUACAUGCAGUGAAUUUUACAUUCUCUAUCCACAGUUUUUCCCAAUCAUCAAAUUGUAUGUUAUACCCAAAAUCUUUGGCCCAUUGUAUCAUUACCGAUUUAACCUCUUUAUCUUUCGUAUGCCAUUCCAACAAUAUCUUAUACAUUUUUGACAAAGUUUUGCAUUCAUUGUUUAUUAUAUCUGUUUGGAACUUAGAAUCUUUUUCUACGUAACCACUUUCUUUUAGAUCUUUUUUAAACAUUUCAUUUACCUGGAAAUAAUGCCAAUCAUAUACAUGAUCUUUGACUUGUUCAUAUGGUUUCAAUUUCCAUUUUCCUCCUUCUUUAAUUACCAUAUGUAUCUCCAUAUGUACUCCAUUUACCUCUCAUGUUAAUUUUCUUAACACUCAUAACCUCCAACGGAGAUUGCCAAUGUGGAACUUUUGGUUCCAAUGAAUUUUUAUACCUAUCCCAUAUUUCUAUUAACGAACUCCUGAAAAUGUGGUUUCCAAAACCUUUAUGAACUUUCUUCUUAUCACACCAUAAAUACGCGUGCCAACCAAAUCUGUUAUCAAAACCUUCAAGAUCUAAUAGCUCCUUGUUUUCUAAUUUGAUCCAUUCCUUUAGCCAACAUAGGCAUGCUGCUUCGUAAUAUAAUUUCAUAUCUGGUAGGGCGAAGCCUCCUCUUUCUUUUACAUCUGUCAAUAACUUAAAUUUUAUUCUUGGCUUCUUCCCCUGCCAGAUAUACCUUGAAAUCACUCUUUGCCAUUCUUUAAAAAUUCCUAUACCCUUUAUAAUGGGUAUAGUCUGAAAUAGAAAUAACAUCUUUGGCAGUACACUCAUCUUUAUCGUAGAAAUUCUUCCCCCAAAGGAUAAUUUCAUUCUACCCCCCACCUCCAGAUCAUUCUUUAUUCCCUUCCAAACCAGAAUAUAGUUAUUUUGAUACAAAUCGAUAUUUUUGGGCGAUAACCAAAUUCCCAAAUAUUUUACCUUUUUCACCACCUCUAUCUCCGUCUGUUGCUGCAUUGUUUCAAUCUUACUUUGUUCCAUAUUUUUUGCAAUCAUUUUAGUCUUUUUCUUAUUCAGUCUAAAUCCGGCUACCCUUCCAAAUUGUUCCAUCUCAUCCAAUACCUCUUUUACACUUUCUAUUAGUUCUUCAGUGGUCAUUACCAAAUCAUCGGCAAAGGCUUUGACUUUAUACUCUUUCUGGCCUACUGUCACCCCUUUUAUUUGUUUAUUUUGUCUAAUCGCAUUUAAAAAGACUUCCAGAACCAUUAUAAAUAACAAUGGCGAGAGCGGACAACCUUGUCUUGUUCCUUUAGAUAUUUUUAUAUCUUCAGUAAUUACACUGUUAACUAUCAAUUUUGCUCUCUGUUCUGUAUAGAUUGCCUUAAUACCAUUGAAAAACUCUUUCCCCACCUCCAUAUGUUCUAAAUUUUUCAACAUAAACUCCCAUAUAAUAUUAUCAAAGGCCUUUUCUGCAUCCACAAACAUUAAAAUUGCUUGUUUGUCAUUCCUAGCAGUCAGAUAUUCUAAUAAAUUAAUUAUAUUUCUUAUAUUAUCUUUCAUUUGUCUGCCUGGUAGGAAACCUGCUUGGUCCUUAUGUAUAAGUCUUGUCAAUAUCUUUUUCAUUCUCUUCGCUAAAAUUCCCGCAAAUAUCUUGUAGUCCGUAUUCAAUAAUGAAAUAGGCCUAUAAUUUUUAACUUGGGUUAAAUCCGAAUCUUGUUUUGGGAUCAAGGUAAUAUAUGCUUCUUUCCACGUUUCUGGAAUGUCUCUUUCUUUUAAAAUGUUCAUAACUCCUUUCAAAGGGAUCAUCAACACGUCUUUCAUUUCUUUAUAAUUACUUGAUGUAAAUCCAUCUGGUCCCGGGGCUUCCAUUGCAGGUCUCCUUUGGGGGACUCUGGCUGGCCAACUGAGAGAGCAGGAGGCUGGACUGGAGGCGCCACUGGCCUGAUCCACAAGGCUCCUGCAAACUUGCAGUUGCCCUAGAGCAGGCAACGGAUGCACCUGGGAGAGCAUUCCUGACACAGGUGGUGCUUCUGGCACCUCGGCCCUCUUUCCCUGGGAACCUGCACUGGACAGUGGGCAAAACAUCUGAGCUCUGAUCACAGGGAGGGUCAGAUGCCAGGCUUGCCUAAUGGAGAAUGCAGUGAAGGUCAAUAGGCAGGGAGUUCCAAAGGGUGACUUCUCCGCCUCCUCUGUGCCUGCGGCCAUCCUGGGGGAAUCCUCGGGCUGCCAAAUGCUCAAUCUGUCCCCCCCCAUUUCUCCCCCCAGCUCUCUCCCAGUGGAGAGUGCCGCCGUGCCCACAUGCGCCUCUCCUACUGCCCACUUUGCCGUGGGACUCCGGCCCUCAAGCCCUGCAACGGAUUCUGCCUCAACGUCAUGAAGGGCUGCUUUGCCAGUGCAGUGGAGCUGGACCCCGAGUGGGAGCGCUUUCUCGGUGAGCACACCCCCGGGGGAGGGGGGAGGGCUGGGGGAAAGGCUGGCAGUGGGAAAUGUCAGGAGGCAGGGUUGGACGAGGGGAGAGCUUGCCCUCAAGUGGCAUUUUAGUCAACUGCGAGGCAGCGUGGUGCAAUGGGCAUAGCCGAGUCUUGGGCUUCAGCUGGAGAAAUCUCUGAUCAGCCGGGGAGCUCCCUGGAGGCCUUGAGGGUCAGCUUGCCAUAUAUCUAGAGGGGACGUCUUAGAUUGGUAGAGCUGGAAGGGGCACCAAGGGGCAUCUAGUCCACCCCCUGCCAUGCGGGAACCAAAACGAAUGCCAGCCUGGGUUUAUUGGUAGAAAGGCAAAAGAAGAAGAAGAAGAAGAGUUUGGAUUUGAUAUCCCGCCUUUCACUCCCUUUAAGGAGUCUCAAAGCGGCUAACAUUCUCCUUUCCCUUCCUCCCCCACAACAAACACUCUGUGAGGUGAGUGGGGCUGAGAGACUUCAGAGAAGUGUGACUGGCCCAAGGUCACCCAGCAGCUGCAUGUGGAGGAGCGGAGACACGAACCCAGUUCCCUAGAUUACGAGACUACCGCUCUUAACCACUACACCACACUGGCUAUCACACUGGUAGAAAGGCAAAAUGAAAGUCUGAGUCUGGCUGGCUGUUCCGCUCAGUGCAAGUAGACAGGGUCUUUGGGUGGGUGGGGGGGCUCUUUCCCCUUGCCCCAACCUAGCCCCCUUGGCCCACUCCCUCUUUCUCCCUCCCAGAUGCUUUGACCCAAUUGGCCGAGCGCCUCGGGGGGCCCUUUAACUUCGAACUGGCGGCUGACUCCAUCGGAGUGAAGAUUUCGGAGGCGAUCAUGUUCCUGCAGGAGCACAGUGUCCAAAUCUCAGCCAAGGUGUGUAUGGGGGGACAGGGAGAAUCUGACUCCUCUGCUCCUUAUUAUGACAACCCACCUGCAGGCAGGCAGGCUCAGGAGCACACCUGACACAAAUCCAGAGUGGAGCCCCCAAGAUGCUUGGAUGGCGCUUCGUACGCCUCAUUCCAGCAUCUCCUGCAGCCAAGCUGGUGCCAAACAUCUUGCUCUGCUUUCCUUUGGAGCCCAUCAGCAAGGCUGAGAGGGGGGUCUCUUCGUCAGGGCAGCCCAGGACCUCCAGGCACACGGCCCUGGCUUGCGCCCUGGGGAGGUCACUUCAGCACGGCUAACACAGUGGUUUGACUUCACCCCUGGAGGUGCACUCCAUUGUUUCUUGAGACAGACAGAUGCCAACAACCUGCAGACAGACCAGCAGAGGUUGGGCAGGCAUCUGUCAGGGAUGCUUAGCUGUGAUCCCUGCCUCGCAGGGGGUUGGGCUAGAUGAUCCUGGGGGUUCUCUUCCAACCCUACAAUCCUAGGAUUCCCUGUCAGAUGCCCAUCCAACCUCUGCUGAAAACCCUCUGAAGAAGGAGAGUCCACCCACCACCUCCCCAAGUAGUCCCUUCCAAUGCCCCACAGCUCUUCCCCUUAGAAAGUCCUUCCUGAGGUUAAGUUACAGAAUCAUAGACCUGCAGAGUUGGAAGGUACCCCAAGGGAUCAUCUAGUCCACCCCUGCAAUGCAGAAAUCUCCACUGAAGCAUCCAGGACAGAGUCUGCUUCCCCUUCCUUGCCGUCUGAAUCUCCUAUCUGAGCUUUGGUCUCCUACCAGCUCUGGCAGCAGAAUGCCUUUGGCCUUCAUGUGGACUUGAGAGAGCAGCUCAGGGUGGGUGUUUCUGGGGUGCUUGUGGGGGUCACCUGUGCCUUCUUCCCCUCUCAGGUGUUCCAGAGCUGCGGCAGCCCCCGCCCAGCCCCUGCUCGCUCUCGCCGCUCCCCUCGGGAGGAGGCCAAGCGCCGCUUCCGCACUUACUUGCCCGAGGAGAAGCCCACAACCGCAGCAGGAACCAACCUGGACAGGCUGGUAGGUAUUGUGGGGACCCCCCCGGCUCCGCCUGCAUGGUACGUCCCAGAGCUCAGCCUUGAACUUGCGCCUCUUCUGCCUUGUCAGCCUUAGCCUUUGCAUUCCAGGAGAUGCUGCCCUUGGGGGGGGGCACUGUCCACCCUGGGACAACUCAGCACCACAACCCUGCAUCUCGUGGUGUGUAUAAGAACAAGCAGGCGGCUUGUUGCAACACUUGGGGCUUCUUAGUUUAGAGAAAGGGCAAAGAAGCCGCAGAGAUAGGAGUUUAUAAAAUUAUGCAAGUCAUGGAGAAAAUGGAUGGGAAAAUGCUUUUUCUCCCUUGCCCUUAAUGCCAGAGCUUGUGGGCAUCCUAUGAAGGGGAAUGUCAGAAGAUUUGGGGCAGAGGAAAGGAAGCCCUUCUGCAUUAAUCUCUGGAACUCCUUCUCCCAAGAGGCUGUGAUGGACACCAACCUGGACUGCUUUAAAGGAGGGCUGGACAAAUUAAUCCCCCCCUUCUCCCCCCCAGGUGUCAGAUGUGAAGGAGAAGCUGCGUCUCAUGCGGCGCUUCUGGGUGAUGCUUCCCCACACCCUCUGCAGCGACGAGAAGGUGGCCGCUGAUGUCACCAACGAGGACAGCUGCUGGAACGGGCAGGCGAGGGGCAGGUGGGGUGGGGCUGGACCCCACGAAGGGUGCAGGCAGGGAGAAAAGGGCAAGGUUGGACUCAAGGGGAGAUGGGGAGCAGGGCUGGCUGGAUUUCUCUCCCCCGCCUUGAGGCUGGAGGGGACAGGGGGCACUUGACCCCUGAGGCUUUUGGGGAUACAUUUGCAGUCAAGCCCCUGAGCAUGCCUGUGAACCUGGUCAUUGGGUGGGGCAAGACUUUCCCCAUGCAGAGCUCAGGGCAUCUUUUCAGCCACCAUGAGAACAGAAGGCUGGACUAGAUAAGCCUUUGACAUGACGGCUUGGCCUUUCUUAAAUUCUUACAGAUCCUCCAGGUCCAACGGCAGUCUCUCUUGAUUCCUUGGUUCUUAGAAGUACUAGGCCACUGUGAGGACAGGAUUGUGAACCAGAUGGGCCCCUUUGGCCUGAUCCAGCCACCAGGCUCUCCUUAGGUUCUUUUGGGGCUGGGUGCUUGGUGCAUUGUCCGCCUAAAGGCUCUCCCCCCGCACCUUUCCCUUUGCCCCCUCCCAGGUACCUCCCAGAUGUGACGGGUGAUGGGCUGGUGAACCAGAUCAACAACCCCGAGGUGGAGGUGGACAUUUCGCGCCCCGACAUGCCCACGCGGCAGCACGUCCUGGCCCUACGCAGUGCCACCUCCCGCCUGGUGGGCGCCUGCAAUGGGCAGGACCUUGACUUCCAGGAUGCAGGUGAGGCCUAAAAGCCCCUUCCGGGCACCCACUUCCCCCUCUCCUUGUUGGGAAUCGGAGGAGAGACCCACACAGCAGGAGUUGCCCCCAGUUCCAGUCACCACACUGGCAGCCUAAAGUCCAGAAGAUAAGGCUUCAGUAAUACAGUGCAUGAUGCUCAUAGAUAUACAUUCCGCUUGGAGGCUUUGCAGAUACAAAUACAGAUAAAUCAAAGCACAGAGUAGCUGCAGCUUCAAACGUAACAUGAACUUGGACUCACUGGCUGACCAAUGAGCUGAUGUGCCUUGAUCAUUGAGGUAGACCCAGGUUUCCAAACUUGGGUCUCCAACUGGUUUUGGACUACAGUUGUUAUAAUCCCUCGUCACUGAUCCUGCUAACUAGGGAUGAUGGGAGCUGUAGUCCAAAAACUGCUGGAGACCCAAGUUUUGGAGUGUAGACCAGUGUUUCCCAACCGUUUUCUGACCAUAGUCCCCUUCCAACCUUGUUUCCUCCUAUGCCCCCCAUAGACGUAGUCAAGGGGAGACUGGGGGGGGGGGGGCAGCUGCCUCCCAAUAAGAAAAAAUCAACACAAACAAAAGCCUGCCCCCCCCAUCAAAAAUCCUGGCUAUGGCCAUGCGUGCCCCCGUCCUACCAGUAGAAAGGUAGCUAUUUAAAUGUUUUGUUUGUAAUAGAACAUGUUUUAUUUAUGAUGUUUAUAAUUUAUACAAAAUAGAAUCACAUAAAAUGAUAGGAACGUAAUAAAAUAUUGUUGGAGCAGAAAAACAGAAUCAUGGAGCUGGAAGGGACCCCAAGGGUCAUCUAGUCCAACCCCCUGCAAUGCAGGAAACUCAGCUCGAGCAUCCAGGACAGACGGCCAUCCAAGCUCUGCUUAGAAACCUCCAAGGAAGGAGAGUCCAAACCUCCUGAGACAGAUCCAUCUUCCAUGUAUUAUAAAAAGUAAACACUUAUUUGACCUCAGUUAUUUGACACAAAGGGGGAAACCCACAGAUACAGUCCAAAAGGCGCACAGGGAGUUCUCUAUAUAUGGGAGAAUGUUUAAAAGCAAGUGGUCCUCACUGAUCUGGUGCAAAAAGAUAUUGUCAUCUGGAGGAGCCCUGGCUGCCUAGAUAAUAAUAAUAAUAAUAAUAAUAAUAAUAAUUUAUUAUUUGUACCCCGCCCAUCUGGCUGGGUUUCCCCAGCCACUCUGGGCGGCUUCCAUAGAAACAAAAAAUACAGUAAAAUAUCACAGAUUAAAAGCUUCCCUGAACAGGGCUGCCUUAAGAUGCCCUCUAAAUGUCAGGUAGUUAUUUAUUGCUUUGACAUCUGAUAAAACCCUCUAGCCUCCCACACCCUUCACUGUGGCUUUCUUCUGAGUAGACACUUAGUUAUUUACCAGCUGCAAGUCAGCAGCACCAGGCAAGCCCCCUUGGUAGGUGCUGGGUGGAUUUCACUGCCGACUGGCCCUGCAGCCCUUGGCAACAUCUGAAGGCCCUGAUCCAUCAGGCACUGGGGUGGAUUGCACCCUGUGCCUUGCAGAGUUAGGCCCAGGCGGCCAGCGGGCCCAGCACUGGCGGCAGCAACAAGCAGCUCUGGAGCUCCCAGCCCUCCCCAGUGCCACCCCACCACCCCACUUGCCUGACCUGGGGUUCUGGGUUGCAGGCUCUGCUGGUCAAAACAGGAGCCUCAGCGACCGCCCUCUCACAUCAGAAACAAGCCAGGACUGCCCCCCCCCCCGCUUGGGAUGGGCUAAGAGGAUCCAUUUUUUUUUAAAAGUCCCCCCUUCACUUCUGACUUCCCUCUGUGGCCCCCUAACUUCGUGCUGUGGCCCCCCAUUUACAUGAUUUUCACCUGUGCCCACCUUGCAAUAUCCUGGGGGGCCUUGGGCCGUAUGGCUCCCAACUGGGAAACAUUGAUGAAGACAGCUGACUGACCUGGCACCUACAAGGGGGAAAAUAAAUUAAGCCUGCCAACACGCCCCCCCCCCAACCCCAGCUCCUAGGGAAGCCUUUGGCUCUUAAAAUCACAGAACCAUACAGUUGGAAGGGACCCCAAGGGUCAUCUAGUCCAACAUCCAGCAUAGCUGUCUAGCAAUCAGUGGGUGGUGGCUAGACAAAGAGGGGUGGGAGCAACCUGGCCCCCCCAUCCCUCUCCAGCAGGGGCUUCCCAGUGAGGGCUCAUCCGCAUAUCCAUCUGCCCCAUGGUUGUGGAAAUGUCAGCUGGGUUUCCUGCAGAAUGGCGCUUGAGAGAACGAGAUCCUUCCACCCUCCCCUCUGUUUUCUGUUCCAGAUGAGGACGGCGGGAGCGGCUCGGGUGCUGGGUACAGCGAGGACCGGCCGGCCUUGGGGGCUGGAGCAGGGGGGGCUGGGGGUUCCCCCGCGGGAUCCCGCCCUUCUUCCGAUGCCCGCCCACCUCGCAGGGAGCGGCCUGGGAAGGGCUCCUCCUCCUCCCGACAGAACCAGAAUGGGGGGCGGCCAAGCAGUGGGGCUGGGCUGCCCCCCACAGGGGCCACUUUGCAAGCCAAGGUCUUUGCCCCCCUCUUCCUGCUCCUCCUGCUGGGGGGCUGGUGACCUCCACAGUGCUUUGGCAUCUCAAAUGGCUGACUUCCUCUGGCAUCACCCCUCCCCCAACACCACCAGGAAGAGGGGAACCUCCCGCUGCAUCCAGUCUAAGGGGGGCUGGGUUGGGGCUCUCAUUCUCUCCCAUACAUAAAUCCCCCUCUCACUUGUGAGGUGGGGGUUUAAUUUUAUGGGAAUGACAAAGAGAGGCAGGGGGGGGGAUUGGGAGUCAAGGUGUUUUUUUUUAUUACCUGGGGAGGGAAACCAGGGUUUUUUUAAAAUGGGGGCUGUAAGGAGAGGCCUAGAAAUGAACUUUCACUUCUUUUCUAUACCUUUUGAGUUCGCCUCUCUUUUUGGUGGGGAUCUAAGAGGGGGUGGGGUGGGUGAAGGGAAGGGAAGAGUGGGAGAGGGGGGGCAGACAGCUGCCCCCUAUUUUCUCCCUCUCAGAGGAGGGGGGCUAGCAGCUUGUAGGUGAAGAGGCAGCCCCCUCCAACUAGGGCAGCGACCAGACUUACAUUUCUGCCCCCACUCCAUAGGCUGUUGAUCCUUCUGCGGACCUUCCAGGGCAUUGGGGAGGGGGCUCCCAAAGCACUGAGAAGCCCCCCUUUUUAAGCACAAAGGAAUUUGUCUUAUUUUCUGGAUCCGUUUUUUCUUAAAUUAUGGAAUAAUAAAAUAUUUAAUUUAUUGAUGUCCUGCUUCUGCCUUGUCUCCUGGGGUUCUGGCAGCGGCCUCCUUGCCCCCCCCACUUCAUGGCUUCCAGGAAGGGUCUGACUGGCGUGUGGGGGCUUGUGCUCUGCAAUUCUGACCUUCCCCUUCCUGCCCCCACCCCAAACACAGGAUGGAGGGCGAGGGCUGGGUCAGAUUCUGCUCUUCUUCCCCCACCUUCUGGUUGUGGAAAGAGGAAAUGAGAUGACGUCUCUGCAGCCGGUAAAACGGUGGGCGGCAACAUGUGCCUCAGUCUCCCUUUCGCUUUAGGCCAGUACAGAUGCUGCGUGAGGCAGGUGAGCGAGGAGCCUCUGCCUGCCUCAUCCAGGACAGGAAGGCGUGUGGACAGACCCCCGCCCCCCCCUGCCCUGCCCAGGGCUGCGAGGACCGUUGUGCAUGGCCCUGAUUCUGCCAAGCGUGAGACCAAGGUGGGCAAAGGGGCUUUGGGUGGGUCUGCGGGACUGGAAGGGGAGGGAGGCCUGGAUAGAGCGUGGUGCUGAUAACGCCAAGGUUGCAGGUCCAAUCUCUGUAUGGGGCAGUUGCAGAAUCUGGCAUUGCAGGGGGUUGGACUAGAUGGUCCUCUGGGUACCUUCCAACUUAUGAUUCUGUGAGGCUGAGCAGCUCCGGGGUGUGGCUGGAAGGGGCUUCCCCCUAUAAGGAUGUCAGACCAAAGGGAGGCCCCUAGCUCAGCAUCCUGUUACCCCAGUGGCCAAAUCCCCCUAGGAAUCAAGGUAGACUGCCUCUGGAUGGGGAGGUUCUGUGAGAACCAAAAAGAGCUCUACUGGAUCAGGCCACAGUGGCCCAGGAAUCAAGUUAGAAUCAUAAUGAAGGAGAAAGAGGCCCCCUUCUAAUGAAGGAGAAAGAGGCCCCCUUCUAAUGAAGGAGAAAGAGGCCCUGUUCUUAUCUUAUCACAACAGCCCUGAUGAGACAGGCCCAAGGCCCAAGUAAGCCCAGGCGGUGAUCACGCUCCUCACAUGCACAGUACUAACCACAGUCACGAGCUUCCCUGCUGAUAAGCACACCCUGAGCAUGCGGUGGGCACACCCUGAGCACGAGGUGUACAUGACUUGGGCACGAGCACAGUCAGUACGUGGGGGGCUGGACACAUGAAUGGGAUAGGCUCAGGGGGCUGAACAGGGCGAAGAAACCAAUGUAUAAAAGGCUUUGCAUGACCUGUAUGUGUGUGCCAGACUUUGGAAGCAAUUCCGCUGGUACCUGCUGCGCAGUAACCGAAUAAACUUUUUCUCUGUGGAAUCACACCCUGGCGUUGCUUAACUCCUUCAUGCUCCUGGCGAGGGUACGAGGUGACUGGACCCAGACCCAUAGGUAAAGAAGGCUACAAUAGAAUUGUGGAGGAACCCCCAAAGGUCAUCUGAGCUAGGGUUUGGGGGGGCCUCCAGGCAGUUGCAUUUCCUGUGUUGUGGGGCGUUGGACUGGAUGACCCUUGGGGGUCCCUUGGAUGACCAUCUGCCAUGGAUGUUUGAUUGGAGACUCCUCCCUUGCCAGGGUGAAUUCCCUUCCAACUCUGCGAUUCUAGGAUUCUAUAGCUUUGCCAUCUCCAUAUAGCAAAAAGCCUGGACUCUGGGGAGAAGUGGGCUUGUUUGGCAAGCGGUUCAGAUGGGCUUGAUUGUGCACCCUGAAUUUGCUGGCAUGUGGUUGAAUUUGCUCCUGAACUGUGACGGAUUCUUUAGCUGUGAUUGCAGGGGGUUGGGCUAGAUGACCCUUGGGGGCCCUUCCAACUUUACAAGUCUAGGGUUGUAACUGGCAUGGGCUGUGAUAUUAUUUGGAGCUGCCAAAUAUUCCACAUUGCAGUGUGUUGAGGGCAGUGAGGAGUGGGAGUGAAAAGGCAGGUCCCCGCAGGAAGGCCACCUUCUCUUUGAAACACUGGUUUCAGGAGGAGAGCAUCCAGGACAGAGCUGCCUCUUGCCCCCAAGUCGAUGCCAAACUCUUUACCUUCCUCCAGGAGUGCCAGCUUGGCACUGAAACUUGUAGGUGUCGGGCCCCUUCAGGGGAAUUUUGUGGGUGCCCCAGAGAGUUGGCGCCUACGCCUUCCUCCCUGGCCUGUUCUGGAAAAGGCAGCUCAGCACGAGGUGAAUAAUGAGGCUGGUGGCAAAGUGAAACCAAAACAAACUUAGCUUUUACUAAAGGUUUUUGCAAGGCCUUCUGCCUUGGUCAGAUCACACCUGGAAUGCCAUACCCUCCAACAUUUCACUGAUGAAAAUAGGGACAUCGGAUUCCAUAAUGAUAAUUUUACUAUUUAUACCCCACACAUCAUGCUGGGUUGCCCCAGCCACUCUGGGCAGCUUCCAACAUAUAUAAAAACAUAAUAAAACAUUAAAUACUAAAAAAGCUCCUUCCCUAUACAGGAUUGCCUUCAGACAGCUUGGGGGGGUCAGAUAACUUCAUACCCUCCAACUUUUCUCCAAUGAAAUUAGGGACAUCUUAAGGAAAAGUGGGACAUUCCAGGAUUAAAUCAGAAACUGGGAAGGGUUAAAUCAGAGAUGUCCCUGGAAAAUAGGGACACUUGGAGAGUCUGGAAUACUGUGUCUGGUUCUGAGCACCACAAUUUAAGAAGGAUGUUGACAAGCUGGGAUGUGUGCGGAGGAGGGCAGACAGGCUGAUCAAGGGUCUGGAAACUCCAUGCUCCAUGCUGCGGAUGUCUGCCCGGCGCACGGGGCGCUCUGCUUCAGGGUGCCCCGCGCGCCAGGUGGCAGGCUGCUAUCCGCAGCGUAGGGAGCCCUGUGGGAACUCCCGCGGGCUCCCCAGGCUUGCUGAUAGCUUCCUGAAGCCUGGAGAGUGAGAGGGGUUGGUGCGCACCGACCCCUCCUGCUCUCCAAGCUUCAGCGAAAGCCUGUAUUCGCCCCAUAGGAUGCACACAGAUUUCCCCUUCAUUUUUGGAGGGGGAAAAGUGCGUCCUAUAGGGCGAAAAAUACGGUAAAUGGCAGACAGGAAAUAAACAACACACUCAGGAUUCUGUUUUAGAUGUAUUGGGGGAGGUGGUCCUGGGCUACACCCCUUCUGUGAUGUAUGAUGUUUCUGGGGGUGGUCUGGAGUUUGAGGGUGGGCAAUUUAAAAAGUCUAUAUAAGGGCGGGUGCACCUUUGUUCUGCGUCCUCCCUCCCUCCUGCGUGUGGUGAGUGAGCACCCUGUUGCAACAGCUUUAACAAAGAUCAGGCUUACUAGCUGCUUUGCUUCUCAAUAUUCUCUGGUUGGUCUCUGUUAUUUUCUCCUACCGAUAGAGAACCUACAAAAGGACUCUGUAUGGGCUCUUGGGUAUCCCAUAAGGGAAAAGGAGCAGUUUUUUCUCAUAACAACACCAUACAUUUGUCAUAACUGUGUCAUAAAUUGGGAGUGUCUUCUGGCAGAAAGCUGAGCACCAGGCUUGCCCUGUCCCUCGCGUGACCUCUACCUCCUACCUGUUACGGAAAAAUUCUGGGUGCAGGUUUACUCUGCCACCCAGCUCUCCUUGUCAGCGAAAGAAGGAAUCUCCAGCCAAGUAAAGAAGCAAAUCAGUGGUCAGUAGACCUAAUCCUUAUUGUUGCAACAAGGUUCAAACACACACAGAGUAGGAACCCCAAGCAUGGGGUUGCAUGGACCUUUAAGACCUUCCCUCACUUUCCAUAACACAUUUCCAGAUACAUCAUCAAUACAUCAUCAAUACAUCACCAAUGUGUCACCAAGAAGGAGGGAAUCUUGCAUGGUAACAGGAGUCAAUUAUUCAAUAAAACUAUUUAGACCUAUCCUUUCCUGAAGAUGGGCUUUGUGAACACCUGGCUUCUGCAAACUCCAUCAAGGGAUAUCUGUCUGGUCCAUUGUUAUCUUUUCCCUAGGGAGGUGGGAGAUGUAAGUGACUCUAUGCCUCAGGGAUUAUGGAGGCUGGGGAAGCCCUGGAUUCCCCACUUCCAGAGGAGUCAUUAGCCAUUGGAGCCAAGGAAAUGGGGCAAACUGUUGAAUUUUGGUGAUUAUUUGAUUCUAUAUUGGAUAGUCAGGGAAAACACUACAAUACAUUUGCUAUUGCUACACUUAUUGCUACAGUUUUAUAGACUACUUUUUAGAGGCUGUGGUAGGGACUUGGGAUUUUGGGGAAGUCAUUUAGCUGCCCCCCCCCCCCGGUUAUAACACACCCUUUAGGUAAAACAAGGGUAAGUAUUUACAUGUUUCGGUUUCCCAGUCCAAUCCAUUGAGGUUGGACAUGCUGUUGGUCUCAGAAUGAAUACCUGUCUGGCACUCUGGUACCAGGAUGUCAGCAAUUAUCACCCAGGCAGUGGUCUGUUGAGUAUGUGGUCUCACACUUCAGGGAUUAUGGCUGCCCCAUGCCAUAGCCCAAGCUUCUCUGGUAGCCAUUUUCCUUCUGAUUAGAACAAUGUUGGAAUGGUGUAAAUCCAUAAUUAGAGUGAUUUUAUAUGAGUUUUAUAUGAAUUUCAAGUUUUCCCAUUGAGCCAGUAUAGUGAAUUAUUACAUUUGGUAAUGUGCAGCGGUGGCUCUUUGUCUUUGCCUCGUAGUGCGGAGAGGCAAAGCUGGGGGGGGGGGGAGUUCUUAUGGAAUAAAACCAAAAUAAAUAACUAAAGGCAUGUGAAUGUGCAGAAGGGAGGGACUGUAAUUAUUUACUGAAGAAGGCAAAGUUAUUCAAUGAAAGUAUUCAAAUGCCCAAAGUCACUGUAUCAGCCAGAUUCACUUUUGGGUCUUCGAACAUAUUCCUCUUUGCUUAAAAAAUGAAUUGUUGUUGUUGUUGUUUAGUCGUUUAGUCGUGUCCGACUCUUCGUGACCCCAUGGACCAGAGCACGCCAGGCACUCCUGUCUUCCACUGCCUACCGCAGUUUGGUCAGACUCAUGUUUGUAGCUUCGAGAACACUGUCCCACCAUCUCGUCCUCUGCCGUCCCCUUCUCCUUGUGCCCUCCAUCUUUCCCAGCAUCAGGGUCUUUUCCAGGGAGUCUUCUCUUCUCAUGAGGUGGCCAAAGUAUUGGAGCCUCAGCUUCAUGAUCUGUCCUUCCAGUGAGCACUCAGGGCUGAUUUCCUUCAGAAUGGAUACGUUUGAUCUUCUUGCAGUCCAUGGGACUCUCAAGAGUCUCCUCCAGCAUCAUAAUUCAAAAGCAUCCAUUCUUCGGCCAUCAGCCUUCUUUAUGGUCCAGCUCUCACUUCCAUACAUCACUACUGGGAAAACCAUGGAAAAAUGAAUUAAGUCAGACCAAACAGGUAUAAAAUAGUCCUUUUUCCUUUGACCCUGAGGACUCUCAGCUUAUCAGUUAGUUUUCCCAGCAGGGCAAUCUCCCACGCUUCAGUGUACCAAGUAGUAAAAUUGGCCCCAUCUAGUUUUUCCCAAAACUCUAGCGUUGGUCCUAACCGCUAUAAGCAGGUGCCCUUUCAAGUCUUUACAGUGCAGAUUUUGGUUACCCUCAUCAAAUGUAGGUAAAAGUGCUAAAACUGAGAAGCUGGGAUAAUGUGGCAGUUUAAGAUCUUAGUGAUUUUUUUGAACAACUGCUCCCUCUUUUCUAGCUCAGCUGAUGCACAGCUGCCAGACAGGUCCCUAUCCCAAAGUCCCUGUUGCAGGAUGGGAGCCUGAGGAGCUGAGGCAGAUGGUGGUGGCAAAGGACUGGGUCCUAGACUUGAUGGACAAAAUAGACACCGAUGAAUCCCUGUGCCUGGAUGGCAUCCACUCCAAAGAACUCAGAUGCAAAAUUGCUGCUUUUUUAAAAAACAAAAAUGUACGACUGGCCCCUCAGAUCAGCCUCCAUCACUGAGGACUUUGAACUGGCCAGUGUAACACCAUAUUUCAAAAGGGAUCCAUGGGUGGGGCUUUUGGAAAUUACAGACUUGUUAGCUUAAUGACUGUCCAGAGAAAACUGAUGGAAAGCAUUAUUAUAGAAGAACAAGCCUUGCUGAAGCAGAGCCAGCAUGGCUUCUGCCUAGAAAGUCCUGUCCUGCAAACCUUUUGAAGUUCUUUGAGUGUGUCAACAAGUAUACUGGCAGAGGUGGGUCUGUCAACGUUGUCUUUAGCAGGGCUUUCUUUCAGCCAGAACUCAGCUCCAGCACCUCUCAAGUGGGCGCCAUUGCCAUUAUAAGAUAAUAAGGGACGCAUUCAGAGUGAGUUCCAGCACCUCUUUUUCUAGAAAAAUAGCACUGGUGUUUAGGCUUUCAAAAAGUUUUUCAUGAGAAGCAGAGAGCAGAAAUAAAUGGACUGUCCUCCCAAUGAAUAGCUCCAAACCGGGUGAAUUGGCAAUAAAAUGGCAAAUGCAGACCAUGCAGUGCAUGCACACCGGAGCAAAAAAUCUGAACCUCAUAUAGAUGUGAACAGGGUCUGAAUUGGCGAUGACCAACCAGGAACAAGAAUUUGGGGUCCUAGCGGAGAGCAUGAUGCAAGACACUCAGCUUGGAAGUUGCUCCCCUCCCCACCACACUGACACGAAGGAGCUUCAGCUGUUGAAUUUCUGCCAAGCCGGCUGCUGUUAGAGGCCCAGGAGGAAAUGUUGCACCUCCUGACUUCAGUCCAGUGUGCACUUUCGUGGGAGCAAGUCCUGCUGCAUCUGGCAGGGCUUGCCUUCAAGCCAGCACACACAGGAUUGCGCAGCGCGGAGGGUGCUUAGCACCUGCCACAAGGCGGGCUCUUUGGGCUCAUCCCCAACAGCUAAGCAGGGCUGGAUUAGUCAUUCAGGGUUAAUACUCAAAAGCUUGCAAGUCCCUGAUUAAAUCGCAACAAUACAGAGAUGCCACUUGAUAAAGGAGGCAGUUGGUGUUUGAUUUCAUUAUCCACAAUUAAAUGAGUGACUUUGGAAGGGGCCACCUGAAAAACUUGACAUUUUCCAGAGUCAUCCGUUUCCCUGGAAUUUACUGUCGAUUCUUCACAUAGCACCCAGCAGGCUCUUCUUAUGUUCUUAGCUAGAAAUUGGGGUAAGAGCUGUUCGACAGUGGAAUUUGCUGCCAAGGAGUGUGGUGGAGUCUCCUUCUUUGGAGGUCUUUAAGCAGAGGCUUGACAACCAUAUGUCAGGAGUGCUCUGAUGGUGUUUCCUGCUUGGCAGGGGGUUGGACUCGAUGCCCCUUGUGGUCUCUUCCAACUCUAUGAUUCUAUGGGGCUUUCAUGCUGUGGCUCCAGCCGCCUGCAACCCUCUCCUGACUGAACUGGUGCUCUUGCUUCUAGAAGCUUCCUCAGACAACUUUUCUCUCUGACGGAGCUUCCUCUGAAGUGUGACUUAGCUGUUUUACGAUCCAGACUGAAUUUGUGUGAUCUGAUCUUUUAAAGAUUUGCUUUCAAACUGCUAUGUAUGUGUUUACUUCUAUUAUAUAUGUUGUUAUGUGAUAUUUUCACUGUACACUGCAAGCCACUUAAUGGAUUCUUAAAUACAGGUAGUAUAAAACUGAUCCCUCCUCAAACAACUCAUUUCUUCCUCUUGGAAGAUCUCCUGUUGGAGGUGAAACUGUAGGGAUGAGCUGCCUUGUGCUGAGACAGGCGAUCUUGAAUCCUGCAUUGCAGGGGGUGGACUAGAUGGCCUUCCACCUCCCAAUUCCAUGGUUCUAUCUAGCUCAGAAUCAGUUUCACUGAUGGGCAGCAGCAGUUCCCUAGAGGGCGUUCCGUGGAACCUGAGACCUCUUGCAUGCCAGACAUCUGCUCUGCCAACCUGUCCCUUUUAUUACUUACAUUAAAAACCUGCCUUGAUCCUGGUAUUUUGGGCCAGGGCCACUAUCCAAGCAUUGCCAGGACAGAUACGCUUUGAGGAUGCCCCAGAAUGCCACACCAAGUCCACAGCCCCCCUGUGGUCUGAGUGGCUGAUCGCUUUGCACCUGGGUCCAAGUCACAGCCUGUGCCAGGGUAAGGAAAUGCAAGGGGGCAAGGGGGGGGUCACUGGAGCAGUUCUGACUUGAGGUGACACUUCAGACCAGACACUGAGGUCCAGCUCCAAGGGCCUUCUGCAGUUCCCUCAUUGUGAGGUUACAGGGGAUGUCUCCCCCCCUUCAGAUGUGAAGGAGAUAAACAAUGUCAUGACUUUUAGAAGACAUCUGGAGGCAGGGAAGUUUUAAAUGGUUGGGGUGUGUGUGUGUGUUUUCCUUUAUAUUUUGUUGGAAGCUGCCCAGAGUAGCUGGGAGAACCCAGUAAGAUGGACGGCAUAUAAAGAAUAAAAUGAUUAUUAUUAUUGGUCCUGAAUGGGGUAACUGUGCCCCUGAAGGACCAGGUGCGCAGCCUGGGAGUCAUUUUGGACUCACAGCUGUCCAUGGAGGCACAGGUCAAAUCUGUGUCCAGGGCAGCUGUUUACCAGCUCCAUCUGGUAUGUAGGCUAAGACCCUACCUGCCCGCGGACUGUCUCUCCAGAGUGCUGCAUGCUCUGGUUAUCUCCUGCUUGGACUACUGCAAUGCGCUCUACGUGGGGCUACCUUUGAAGGUGAUUCGGAAACUACAACUAAUCCAGAAUGCGGCAGCUAGACUGGUGACUGGGGGCGGCCGCCGAGACCAUAUAACACCGGUCUUGAAAGACCUACAUUGGCUCCCAGUACGUUUCCGAGCACAAUUCAAAGCGUUGGUGCUGACCUUUAAAGCCCUAAACGGCCUCAGUCCAGUAUACCUGAAGGAGCGUCUCCACCCCCAUCAUUCUGCCCGGACGCUGAGGUCCAGCGCCAAGGGCCUUCUGGCGGUUCCCUCAUUGCGAGAAGCAAAGCUACAGGGAACCAGGAAGAGGGCCUUCUCGGUAGUGGCGCCCACCCUGUGGAACGCCCUUCCAGCAGAUGUCAAAGCGAUAAACAACUACCUGACAUUCAGAAGACAUCUUAAGGCAGCCCUGUUCAGGGAAGUUUGUAACGUGUGAUAUUUUAGUGUAUUUUUGGUUUCUAUGGAAGCCGCCCAGAGUGGCUGGGGAGGCCCAGCCAGAUGGGCGGGGUAUAAAUAAUAAAUUAUUAUUAUUGUCAGGGGUUCAGGGACAGAGGCACAGGGUAGGCAGGAGAUGGAGAGCGAUGGGGAUGAAUCCCAGGACAGCGAGGAAGAGGAUGACAAUGACUCAAGAGAUUCCAUGAGUCUUUCCAGCGAAUCAGAGGAUUCCCAGAAGGGGGCGCCGGUGGUCAAGCCCAGGGGAGCCCCAGGGGGGACGUGUCAGGAGCAGGGGGGCAGCGGGGCAUCCCAAAGUGGCAGCUGGGUGUCAGGACCAGCCUCCCCGCCAGAGUGCAGCGAAGGGGGUGGAAGUUUCAGUGUGUCAGGGGAAGCGGCUCCGGCAGUAGAGAAAGGAGGGAGGUCGGAGCAAGCCAUCCUCCCGGAAGGGGAGGGGAGCAGUGAAGGGAGUAGUGUAGCUGUUGAAAGGAAGGUUAGAGGCUGGGCGCGCGCGCCAAGUUCAGAUGUAGAGGCGCGCGGAAGUACAGGGAGCCCGGAGGAGGGGCCAGGUCCCAAAGCCCGCAGGAGGGGGGAAGAGCAGUCUGGGGAUUCCGCGUCAGAGGAAUCCAGGAGGGGCGAAACCCCAGCGGGCAGAAGGACCCUGCGGAAAAGGAAAGAGAGAAAGAGGUGGAGCAGCGCAAGCCUCUUAAACUGGUGCAGGGGAGGGACGGAUUCAGAGGGGACUUCAGCGGUCUAAGCGUAGCAGACGUAGGGCUGCGCGUCUAGGAUGUCAAGCAAACAAUGAACUGCAAUAAACACUUUUGUAUAUAAGAAGACAGAGGCGUUGGUCUUUUGUGAGCUGAGACUUGAGGCAGCCCUGACAAUUAUUAUUAUUAUUAUUAUUAUUAUUGCUUCUGGGGUCUGGAUCCUAUCCUGCCUUCCACCAUCUGGAUCCAGAGCCCACAGUUGCUUUGGAAGGGGGUGCUGGGAUGCUAGCUCUUCCCUCCAACCUUCCUGCAGUGUGGGAAGUCUGGGGGGCAGAGAAGCCUUUGACCAGAUGAGGGGAGAAGCUGGGCAGGAGGCAGCAGUCACUGAACAGAACCAGGACCCACUGCAGGAGAACACACACUUGCAGUUGGGGAAGGGAGUUUCCUGUGAAUGAAUGAAUCUUUAUUUGUGUCAGCCAUCGGCCAUAGCAAUAAAACAACAAUACAAUAUACGAAGAAUAGAAAUAAAAAGUCAGUUAUAUAAAAUACAUUUUGGGGUUUUGAAUCAAUAGUCAAAUGGUGGACCUUAUUCUGAUUGCCCAGCUAAAAACCUUGCAACCUUUGCUGUCACCUGCUCAUCUUGAUCUGCCAAGAGAAAGGACAGUGUGGCAGUGGUUGGGCGACCCGGAAUGGAGAAUAAAAGAGGGGUGAUAAUCUCAUUCCUCAAGUCUUUAUAAAGAGUGCAAGCCAGAAGGGCAUGCGCCACUGAUUUGGGACUGCCAUCUCCACAGGGACAAAAGCAUUUUUCAUGUGGAAUCUGUUGGAAUCAUCCCUCAAGUACAGCUGAGGGACCUCCUUGCUGCUUCCAUCCAGCAGCUCAGACCUUCCUGCUCUGUUCCUGAGCUCUUGGAAUGCCGCUCCUGAAUGUCGGGGCUGCUGUCUGUCUCGUCCCAUUAGAUGCCUGGAUAAAGCACCCUCGCUCUCCCACCCAAGUAAGAGGCCUUGCCUGGAUGUGCAGGGAGUAAGCCUGGAGAGCGAAGCAGGGGUGUAGCAAGGUCAGGUGGUAACCGGUGAGGAAAAUUUCUUGUCAUCUCCCAACUUGAAAUUAUUAAAAGAAGGAAAAAUAAGAUACUUACAGUUGCAAGCGUUGUUUUCUGGUUUAUUUACUUAACAUUGUGAGCAUAAGCACUUAAAAACUUUUUUUCUUAUUUUAAAAACACAUAUUUUUGCCAUUUUGUCACCCCCCUCAGUGAUGACAUCUGGGGCGGACCACACCCACUGCACCCCCUUCCUAUGCCACUGCUGCUAAGCAACGUUGAUCAGCUUGCUGAUGUUAUAGAACCAGCCAGGUACCAGGAACCAGAGCAGAUAAGGGCUGGCGGAUGCCAAGGGAGAGGCACAUCUGCAAGGGAACUGACAUUUUCUGAGAUGUCUGAGAGGUGUAUUUGUUGGUUUAGCACUUGGGGGUUGCUGUUCUGUGGUCCCUUGGGAGGACGGGUGGGGUAUAGAUUCAGUAAAUUCAAUAAACAAACAAAUAGGGAUUUUUCAGACCAACUGAAGAAAAUAUAUGGGGAUAAAAGUAUGCCGAUGACACCCAACUCUAUCUGUUGAUGGAUGGCCAUCCUGACUCGGCCCCAGACACACUGACCAGAUGUUUGGAAGCUGUGGCUGGAUGGUUACAUGGAAGCCGGUUGAAGCUAAAUCCUUCGAAGACAGAGGUCCUGUGGCUGGGACGGGGCGAUAUGGGAUUGGGGGGGGAACUCCCAUCUCUUGCGGGGGCGCAAUUAGUGCCAGCACCGUCCGUUAAGAGUUUGGGUGUAAUCUUCGACACCUCCCUUUCCAUGGAGGCGCAGAUUGCAGCUAUAACAAAGGCGGCAUUUUUCCAUCUCCGCCAAGCUAAGCAGUUGGCUCCUUACCUCUCUCGCCCUGACCUAGCCACUGUGAUCCACGCGACGGUCACCUCCAGACUGGAUUAUUGUAACUCGCUCUAUGUGGGGCUGCCCUUGAGACUGACCCAGAAACUCCAGCAGGUGCAGAAUGCUGCAGCGAGACUCCUUACGAGGUCUUCGCUGCGAGAUCACAUUCACCCGGUGCUAUACCAGCUGCACUGGCUCCCGGUGGAGUACAGGAUCAGAUUUAAGGUGCUGGUUUUAACCUUUAAAGCCCUAUAUGGCAUAGGACCCUCGUACCUAUGGGACCGCCUCUCCUGGUAUGCCCCACAGAGAAACUUACGGUCUCAAAUAAAAACAUCUUGAAGGUCCCAGGCCACAGAGAGGUUAGGCUGGCCUCGACUAGAGCCAGGGCUUUUUCGGCUGUGGCUCCGAUCUGGUGGAACACUCUGUCACAAGAGACCAGGGCCCUGCGGGACUUGACAUCUUUCCACAGGGCCUGCAAGACAGAGCUGUUCCACCAGGCCUUUGGCCAAGGCACAGUCUGACUCCCUCCCUCGGCAAUCUUCGCGGAGCUCUGGCCCAAUGGUUGCCAGUGGCUAGAAUUAAUUAAUUUUAUAAUGAAUGAUUUUAGAGUGUUGUUUAUGCUGUACUUUUGUACUGUUUUAUUGUUCUUAGCUGCCCUGAGCCCGGCUUCGGCUGGGGAGGGCGGGAUAUAAAUAAAAUUUAUUAUUAUUAUUAUUAUUAUUAUUAUUAUUAUUAUUAUUAUUAAAAGGACAGACAGGGUCCAGCCAAGAAGAUGUACAAGAGCCAAAGCAACAGGUUAGAAUGGCCAAAUGUGAAAGGUUUCCCCCUUCCAGCUAAAAAGACUUAAGAUUAAAUGUCCGGGCUGCCCUCCCCCCCCCCCCACCUUGCAUGUUGCUUGUGGUGAAUUUGAAUGAUGCUAGCACAGUGAGAUUAGCCUCCUGUUGUUAAGGUUUAAAUAAAAGGUGUGAGAUGCCUGCCCUCUGAAUUGUGGAUGGCUCAUUCACUGGCCCCAGCAUCCAUUUAAAAGGUUCUGUGCCUUGAUUUUUAUUUAUUUAUUUAUUUACGGCUAUUAGCCCAUAAAGUAUGUACAAACAUAAAAGCACAGAGGCAUAAAGACUAAUAUAUUCGGCACCAGAAGGUGAACACCAUGGUGCAGGGGUGGGUCAUUGAGCAGAGCCAGAUAACAGCUUGGGGCCCGGAGAGCUCCAAGGGACGGAUCCCAGAAAAGGAGAACUGAAGACGAGAUCCGACAUGCACUCUCUUCAAAACUGUCCGAUUAGUUUUUGAUGUUGUUGUUUUUGGUGGUUUUUGUGUGUGAGAUAACUGCAUUCAGGAAUCUCGCCACCUGCAGAGUUACAGAAGGAUCUGUAUCCUGCAAAAGUAGUGCGGCAUGUGACUCAGCAGGCCUGCCAACCAAGCGCAGUAAAGCAGGGCCCAGGAAUUUAGUCCUGGCUAUGCUAUGUAGGGGACAGUUGAACAUUAUAUGUGAGAGAGAAUCAACAGUUUUCCCGUCACACACGCAUAGCGGAGACACCAAACCCUUGGAAAAUCUGUGGCUCAGCAGGUUCGAUGGAAAGACAUUGAACCUUGCACGAAUAAAUGCAUGUCGGUGUGGUACAGAUGAAAGAGAUGACAUGUAUGAUGGAAGGCCAAGUGGUGAGGUUAUUCCGUGAUACCUGGGGAGCAGACACCCUCACCACCGGCGAGGUUGUGUUGAUUUUCAAUGUCUGCUAAUCUCUGCUCAAUAAGUCUUUUGGCUGAGCGUAAGUUCAUCUUUAAGGAGUCCGCUGGGGAAAUUCCAAUGCUCAGAAGUUUGGCAUGGAUUUUUCCUACCCACGGAUUGACAAAGUCGUCCCGCCAGAGGCACUGAAAAGGUAAUGGUUGGGAAGCCUGUGCCAGCUGGACAGCCAAUAACCAAAGACUCGCUUCCAGAUGACCGUCUCCAAUGAUGCAAUCCUUAACUCCAGACGUAUGGCUGCGUUGCUCACACACAUGGGGAGUUUCAGGAGGCGACGGAGAAACUGAUUCUGCAAUGUCCCCAACGAUGUUAAAUUGGACCCUGGGGCCCAGAGCGGGGCAGCAUAACAGAGGGUGGAAACCACUUUUGCAUGGUACACCUUCAAUGCAGAAGGGAUGUGGGAGGCUCCGUCGGCCGCAAAAAUUGGAGUAGAGUAUAAAGUAUUGUUUUCCCUUUGUUUAGUAAAUACUGUAUCUGUGGCUUCCAGGUAUUUAAAUUUGAAAACUUGUUCUAAUUGGACUCCAUCUAACUUCCAGCUGUAAGUUUUCCGAGACCUGGUAAAGACCAGGACUUUAGAUUUCCCAUGAUUAAUUGUCAGAUGGUUGAGUUUGCAAUAAGCCGCAAAAAUCUUUAGAGCUCUGCAUAAACCGACUCUAGAGUAGGAAAGGAUCGCUGCAUCGUCGGCAUAUAAGAGCAGAGGGCAGCGAAAAUCAGCUAGGCGGGGGCAUGAAUGUUGGCUUGAGACUCAUUCAGAAAGAGCUUCAUAUCGCUAAUAAACAAGUUGAAGAGGAGUGGGGCCAAAAUGCAACCUUGGCGCACACCUCUAUUUAUUGGGACCUCGUUGGAUAGGUUUCCCGCCGGUGUGAGUCUCACUCUAGCCGACGACCCAUGGUGUAAUUGGGUUAUAAGCCAUAACAGCCUUCUAUCUAUGCCCCAUCUCUCUAAUUUCUUCCAUAGACAGUUUCUUGGGAUACUGUCGAAGGCGGCCUUUAGGUCUAUGAAAGCGACACAUAGGCGCCCCCCGACUCGGGGCAGAAUAUUUUCUGGCAAGAUGAUACAUGAUUACCAUAUGGUCAAUGGUCGAAUAAUUGUUCCUAAAGCCCGCUUGCUCGUGGCCAAUCAAAUUUGAGUCGUUUGCCCAAUUGGACAGCUUGGACAGCAAAAAUUUUGCGUAGAUUUUCCCGAUGAUAGACAAAAGGCUGAUGUUCCGAUAGUUCUCCGGGUCAGCAGGGGGACCCUUUUUAUGGACUGGCACGAUCACGGCCUCCUUCCAUGACCUAGGGAUAAGCCCCGUAGAAUUAAUUGCAUCAAAGACUUUGGCCAGGAUUUCAGCCCACCACCUCGGUUGCGCAACAAUAGCCUCAGCAGGGACUAGAUCCAGCCCGGGGGCUUUGCCCGUUUUCAGAUCUAAUAUCAAGUCCAUUAUCAGGUCUGGGUCGGUAGAGGGCCACAAAGGUAGAUGGUCGGCUCGGAAUUCAGUGGAUGAGUUGGAUUCCUCUGCCAAGGAGAAAUAUUUGCUCAAGAAUUGUUCCCAUGUGGGCGCAGGGAUAAUCGUCAGUGGGUACUUCCUUCCUCUUUUGUUUAUCAAAGCCCAAAAUUCCUGUGGUCUGCGGGAUCUAGAGGCCGCAAUCAAGGCUCGCCAACGCUUUAGAUACCACUCACGUUUGGCCAGCUUUAAAGUCUGUUUGUAUGCUCUUUUGGCUUGUAAAUAGGAGGAUGGUAGAGCCUGGGCAUUAGAGUUUUUGUAUUCAUUAUAGAUGGAACGAAGAAGGGAUCUUGCUUGUUUGCAAGAGGUAUUAAACCAAGGGGCCCCAGCACUGCAAUGCGCAACUUUCGCCUUUUGAGGAGGUAAUGUAAAAAAGUGGUAAGGUUUGUUGUAAGAAGGUUAAAAAUUUCAAAACCGAAUUGGAAUCUUGUAAAUCAGUAGCUAUUUGAGGUAGAUAGGCAGUGAUUUCCCUAUGGAAAAAUCCUGGUAUUUUUGGGCCACAGCCUCCGACCAUUUGAUCCCACUUAUUUUGGUCGCUGAUGAGGUUUCCAGAGGGACUGAGUGUUUAUAGUCCUUCUGGUACCGGAACAAUGACAAAGUGGUCACUAUUGGGAGGUGAUCACUGAAAUGUUGGUUUUCAACUUGGAAGGAAAGUACAUUGACGGCCAAAUUUGCGGAGAUCAAGAGGUAAUCGAUAACACUGUUAGAUGCUGGUCCCAGGUGAGUGAACUCCCCCCGGUAUAUCGGGGGGGAAGGUGCCGUUCAAGAAUACUAGAUUCAGGCGAAUAGCCAUUUGGUAAAGGGUCACUCCAGCUUUGUUUACUCUGUUGUCCUUUGAAGUUCUAAUUCUAGCAUGUUCCAAGUCAAAGUUGCCCAAACAUUGGGGAGUCCACCAUUUGGACUUGAUUAGUAGGUCCCAAUUUGUGGCAAUUCGAGCAUUAAAGUCUCCCCAAUUAAGGAGUACGAGUUAGGGCAUUUGGUAUGACAUGACAAUAGGUGAUUUUCAAAUGAUUCCCAUCUCCAAUCAAGAUCAGGUGCUGAGCCUUCGGGGGAGAUAACCAUUAGUAAUUAAUAAUGAGGACUUCCCUUCUGCGAUCAGUCCAGAAAGAGCAAAAGGCGGGGAAGCCCGUACCAGGGUGAAUUUGGCGCGAAGUUGGAGUGAGAUCCCAAUCAAAAGACCCCUUUGGGGCGACCACCUUUCAAGGAAGGGGAGGCCGGAAGUGUUAGAAGAUCAAAGCCGUCUAUGGUAAUCUCUUCCUCAUCCCAUGUUUCUUGGAAUAGGAUGAUGUUAAAUGAAUUUAUGUACUUCCUGAAUUCGGGGUCUGAUUUUUGGUUCUCCAACCAGCAAUGUUCCAGCUAAGUAUUGAUAAUGUCGGGUCCUUGUGCUGUCCCGGUAAUUGUCACUUUGAGUUGUUUAAUGGGUUCUUGGAGGUAGAGCGAGGACCCAUAAGGAAAUCAGUAAUUUUAGUUUGUGCGGAUAAGGUCUUCUUCUGUGUUGAUUGAAUCCGUGAUUUGGUAACAUUAACAGGCAGGAAGGGCUUUGCCGGGGAGGAAGAAUUAGGCAAAGUUGGUGAGGUCGGAUGCUGUUCAUUGAGGUGAGUAGUAGCAAGUCUUUGAUGGGCUAUACUAGUAGAUCCAUCAGAGUUAUCAGUCUUAACCAGGGUAGCACUAGGAGGUGUUCCAGUCAUCACUUGUAGUUGCUGCGCAGCUGGAGAAGAAUUAUCACGCAGAUGUAUAGAAGGACGUGAACGCGGAGAUGGUACAUGCAUAGUCAUUGCCUGGUGAUCUUCAGACAGGGUAGAUUCUAGCUCAGGCAUUGAGGCAAAGGAAUCGUCAACUUCCAUAUUUUGAUUGGACAUAAGGUCUAAGACGGGAGUAUUGAGUUUAUCAACUUCCACCACGGUAGAAUGGUGCUGUUGGAGCUGUUGGUCAACAGGUGAUUGCUGAUUCAGAUCAGUAGGGGGUAACAAAGUAGCAGGUUGAGAGAUUAUCAGGGCAUUUGAUGGAGACGCCUUGUGGGACGUGGAGUGCCUGCUCUCCUCUCUCGUCGGCAUAGAGGGGUCCCCUUGCGAUAGGAGUCUUUGUUUGAGUAGAUCCAAUCUGUCGAGAAUAGCCUGCUGUUCUUCUGAAGGGAGUUUUCCAUAGGAGAAGAUAAGAUUUCUCUCUUCAGGGAUAUUCCACUCUCCGCUUGCAAUUGGAUCAUUCCUCAGUGUAGCUAGAUGGGCACUUGAGGUCGCAGAUGGAGCAGGGGGUACCCAGCUAGGUGUUUUCCCCUUUAUUAUAGGAACAGAAGGAGGAAACGAGCGUUCAUUGCCGGUUAAGAUGUUGGCAAAAGAGGUUUAACACUCGUGUCCUUAAAGACUCUUGUUGUUACAAUCUCCCAGGGUGCCAGCCGAUCUUUCUCUCUUGCAAGGAGAUGUGGGAUCCUUGCAGACUGGAAGGAGAGCAUAAAUUUCCUUGGCCAGGGCGUGGCAAUUAGGGGUACUACAGAUAUAAGAUCUAUCUGGAAAAAGGAAUAUUUAACAAAUCACGUAGGUACCCUUUAGCCAUCCUCAGGUUAUUCCACCUAAGUCUGGGGGCGUCACGGGAAAAAUGGCUAGACAUAUUUUAUUAGGUUGAAAAAUCAAGGAUUGCCUAUUCCUUUGGGGCAGUGGCGGCCUGCAUCUUGAGCUCUUAAGGUGAAAUUUCUGGUCAGGUUGUCUCUUUAAGGCACUUACAAGCUGCACAGGAGAUUGAUGCAAAUUAGAUAGCUCAGUUGAAGAAGGUAGAUGAGCCAGAAGGGCCCGUGAAAGUUUAUUCAAUGUCAAAGAAAUCCUCCAAUUCCUUGAAAAUGAAGCUUAAAGUCCUGAUUACCAGUUGUAUUUGAUCAGGUACUAAUUCAUGGGCAGUUUGCCCUAAUGCGUCCCGUUUCAAUGACGGAGGUGUAAUUAGGGUAUCAGGGAGGAGGGCUUCCCCAUGGCUUCCGUCCCCCCGCUGGAUCAGCUAGCUUUUCCGGCUCUCCUUGAUCAUACAGAGGCCAAAAGCGGUUGUAUGUUUCGACCGCAGAAACAAUUACUUGCUCUGUUUUGCUGUUAUUGUUAGUAGAUGGUGGGGGAGAUUCAAACUUCGACUGCUUUACUCUUGGAGGUGAGCAACCUUUCUCAGCAGAUCUUGGUCGCUUGCCAUGACCCAUUUGUCGCUGUCUCACUAACUACGGAGGUUCAAAGUAGAGAUAAACGGAGAUAAAAGAGAGAACUUAUCUUUUAUGGGCGCAACUCCUCUGCUACUCCUCCUCCACUUCUCAACAUAGCCCAGUCUUCAAGGCGGCGUUACUAAUCAGCGACAGGCUUUCUCAGCAGAGGGUUUGAAUAUCCUUGUUGAUACGUAUAUUGGCACCAACAGGCCAACCGUAGAAGUAAAACGAUUAAAAACUUCUAACAGAAGUAAAAUAAUUUAAAAGUCUAAUAAAACAACUAUAAAAACAGCAGUAAAAGGGUAUAAAAGGCUAUGCCUUGAUUACUUUUGCCUCAUAAGGAAGCCUGUUCCUAUACUCUUCUUGCACAAUUACCCAAGCAAUAAAGCCACAUCCCAACUGCCCCAGAGGCGUACACGAGUCCUUCCCUGCUGAAGGGUGCCACAUUCUAGCAGCAAGACACCCUGUUUUUGGGUGUUCUAAUCCCAAGGCAGUGUAACCCUAACCCCAAGGCUUCUAAGCAAGGUUGCGGGUACUUAGCUGCUGCAACUUUUUCCUUAGCUGUUGAAACUUGUGACCUUUUGGCCUUUCAUGAAAAAGUGAAAUUUUCAUUACACUGACUGACACACAAAGAAUCAGAAGUUCUCUUUUCUUCCCUUUUUCUCCCCCCUUUCUCCUUCUUCUUCUUUCUUCCUUUUUCUUCCUUUUUCUUUUACUCCUUUUGAUUUAAAUUUAUAUUUAGAUUAGUUUUUUUAUCUUUGAUGAUUAUACACACACACAAAUCUGAACAACAAUAAUAAAUGAACAAAUGAAAAAGUGCAGGCCUCACUCCCAAUCCUUGGGCGACGCUACGUCUCUCCAUGGAUAAGUGCCCAUUUAUUCCUACUCUCUCCUCUGUUUCUCAGCCACUUUGUGGCCCAUUGGAGGACUGUUCUCUGAGCUGCAUGUCAAAAUGUCUCUGCCCCUGUGACAAGGCAUCAAGCAGCUGAGGGCAAGAGCCGCUCAUUCAUUCCAUGAAGUGGAAACUCAGGCUCAUAAGGGCAGAGUAAAGGUGCUGGGCGCUAUGAGCCACUUUCUGCAAUAACGUCUACCCCAAGGGCUAAAUUUUAGGGGUGGGAAGCCUGCAGAAAUUGCAUUUUCAGUGCUACCCUAGAAGGGAAGCUGGAGGUAUCACAGCCAACCAGACUACAAUUCAAGUUUUGGAGAAGGAGCAGUUCAACAGUACAAGUCUCCCUCUGGAGGUGGUGGCCUUUCCUUCCUUGGAGGUUUCCCAGAAGAGGUUGGAUGGCCAUCUGCCAUCGAUGCUUUAGUCGAGAUUCCUGCAUUGCAGGGGGUGGGACUAGAUGACCACCAGGGUCCCUUUGAACUCUAAGAUUCUAUGAUAACUCCACCAUUACAUAUAGUUCCAGGCAAUGCAGCUGUACCUGGAGAGUCAGCUUGCAUUUUAAAAAGGUAGAUGAAGCCUUGAAAAGAAAAAGGAUAAAAAGCUCAGUAUAGACUUCCGUUUUUCAAGGUUAAAAAGGGUCAGCCAGAUUUAUAAGUGACUAAAGAGUCAGCUGGAAGUUCCAACUUUCAGUUCAGUUCAAAAUGAGUUAAAAAUGAACUUCCCUUUGGGACACCUGGUUGGCCAUGGUGAGGCCAGGAUGCCAGGCUGAGGGGCCUGAUCUGGCUUCAGGGCUCUAAGAAACAAAAUAACCAUGAAACCACCUUAAAACAGCAGCAACUGAAACAGUCCCACAAACAGUUGUUGUUGUUGUUGACUCUGUUCCUGGCAUUGUGUUUCUGAACCUUGUUCACCCUUGUUGUUUAGUCGUUUAGUCGUGUCCGACACUUCGUGACCCCAUGGACCAGAGCACGCCAGGCACUCCUGUCUUCCACUGCCUCCCGCAGUUUGGUCAGACUCAUGUUUGUAGCUUCGAGAACACUGUCCAACCAUCUCGUCCUCUGUUGUCCCCUUCCUCUUGUGCCCUCAACCUUUCCCAACAUCAGGGUCUUUUCCAGGGAGUCUUCUCUUCUCAUGAAGUGGCCAAAGUAUUGGAGCCUCAGCUUCACGAUCUGUCCUUCCAGUGAGCACUCAGGGCUGAUUUCCUUCAGAAUGGAUACGUUUGAUCUUCUUGCAGUCCAUGGGACUCUCAAGAGUCUCCUCCAGCACCAUAAUUCAAAAGCAUCAAUUCUUCAGCAAUCAGCCUUCUUUAUAGUCCAGCUUUCACUUCCAUACAUCACUACUGGGAAAACCAUAGCUUUUACUAUACGGACCUUUGUUGGCAAGGUGAUGUCUCUGCUUUUUAAGAUGCUGUCUAGGUUUGCCAUCGCCUUUCUCCCAAGGAGCAGGCGUCUUUUAAUUUUGUGACUGCUGUCACCAUCUGCAGUGAUCAUGGAGCCCAAGAAAGUAAAAUCUCUCACUGCCUCCAUUUCUUCCCCUUCUAUUUGCCAGGAGGUGAUGGGCCCAGUGGCCAUGAUCUUUGUUUUUUGAUGUUGAGCUUCAGACCAUAUUUUGCGCUCUCCUCUUUCACCCUCAUUAAAAGGUUCUUUAAUUCCUCCUCACUUUCUGCCAUCAAGGUUGUGUCAUCUGCAUAUCUGAUGAUGUUGAUAUUUCUUCCAGCGAUCUUAAUUCCGGCUUGGGAUUCAUCCAGCCCAGCAUGAUGAAUUCUGCAUAUAAGUUAAAUAAGCAGGGAGACAAUAUACAGCCUUGCCGUACUCCUUUCCCAAUUUUGAACCAAUCAGUUGUUCCAUAUCCAGUUCUAACUGUAGCUUCUUGUCCCACAUAGAGAUUUCUCAGGAAACAGAUAAGGUGAUCAGGCACUCCCAUUUCUUUAAGAACUUGCCAUAGUUUGCUGUGGUCGACACAGUCAAAGGCUUUUGCAUAGUCAAUGAAGCAGAAGUAGAUGUCUUUCUGGAACUCUCUAGCUUUCUCCAUAAUCCAGCACAUGUUUGCAAUUUGGUCUCUGGUUCCUCUGCCCCUUUGAAAUCCAGCUUGCACUUCUGGGAGUUGUCGGUCCACAUACUACUUAAGCCUGCCUUGUAGAAUUUUAAGCAUAACCUUGCUAGCGUGUGAAAUGAGUGCAAUUGUGCGGUAGUUGGAGCAUUCUUUGGCACUGCCCUUCUUUGGGAUUGGGAUGUAGACUGAUCUUCUCCAAUCCUCUGGCCACUGCUGAGUUUUCCAAACUUGCUGGCAUAUUGAGUGUAGCACCUUAACAGCAUCAUCUUUUAAAAUUUUAAAUAGUUCAGCUGGAAUACCAUCACUUUCACUGGCCUUGUUAUUUGCAGUGCUUUCUAAGUCCCAUUUGACUUCACUCUCCAGGAAGUCUGGCUCAAGGUCAGCAACCACACUAUAUGGGGUAUACGAGACAUCCAUUUCUUUCUGGUAUAGUUCCUCUGUGUAUUCUUGCCACCUCUUCUUGAUGUCUUCUGCUUCUGUUAGGUCCUUUCCACUUUUGUCUUUUAUUAUGGAAAUCUUUGUACGAAAUGUUCCUUUCAUAUCUCCAAUUUUCUUGAACAGAUCUCUGGUUUUUCCCAUUCUAUUGUUUUCCUCUAUUUCUUUGCAUUGCUCGUUUAAGAAGGCCUUCUUGUCUCUUUGCUAUUUUUUGGAAAUCUGCAUUCAAUUUCCUGUAUCUUUCACUAUCUCCCUCGCAUUUUGCUUGCCUUCUCUCCCCCACUAUUUGUAAGGCCUCAUUAGACAGUCACUUUGCUUUCUUGCAUUUCCUUUUCAUUGGGAUUUGACUUAGAUUGUAUCUUACCGGCCCAGUGGUUUUUCCUACUCUCUUCAAUUUAAGCUUGAAUUUUGCUAUAAGAAGCUGAUGAUCUCAGCCACAGUCAGCUCCAGGUCUUGUUUUUGCUGACUGUAUAGAGCUUCUCCAUCUUUGGCUACAGAGAAUAUAAUCAAUCUGAUUUUGAUGCUGCCCAUCUGGUGAUGUCCAUGUGUAGAGUUGUCUCUUGUGUUGUUGGAAAAGAGUGUUUGUGAUGACCAGCUUGUUCUCUUGGCAGAAUUCUAUUAGCCUUUGCCCUGCUUCGUUUUGAACUCCAAGGCCAAACUUGCCAGUUUUAUCUCUUGACUCCCUACUUUAGCAUUCCAAUCCCCUAUAAUGAGAAGAACAUCCUUCUUUGGUGUCAUUUCUAUAAGGUGUUGUAAGUCUUCACAGAAUUGGUCAAUUUCAGUUUCUUCAGCACCAGUGGUUGGUGCAUAAACUUGGAUUACUGUGAUGUUAAAAGGUCUGCCUUGGAUUCGUAUCGAGAUCAUUCUAUCAUUUUUGAGAUUGCAUCCCAGUACAGCUUUUGCCACUCUUUUGUUGACUAUGAGGGCCACUCCAUUUCUUUUGCGGGAUUCUUGCCCACCGUAGUAGAUGUGAUGGUCAUCUGAACUGAAUUCGCCCAUUCCCAUCCAUUUUAGUUCACUGAUGCCCAGGAUGUCAAUAUUUAUUCUUGCCAUCUCAUUUUUGACCACAUCCAACUUACCAAGCUUCAUGGUUCUUACAUUCCAGGUUCCUAUGUGUCAAAGCUGCCUCAAGUCUCAGCUCACAAAAGACCAACGCCUAUGUCUUCUUAUAUACAAAGGUGUUUAUUGCAGUUCAUUGUUUGCUUGACAUCCUAGGCGCGCAGCCUUACGUCUCUUACGCUUAGACCGCUGAAGUCCCCUCUGAAUCCGUCCCUCCCCUGCACCAAUUUAAGAGGCUUGCGCUGCUCCACCUCUUUCUCUCCUUCCUUUCCGCAGGGUCCUUCUGCCCGCUGGGGUUUCGCCCCUCCUGGAUUCCUCUGACGCGGAAUCCCCAGACUGCUCUGCCCCCUCCUGCGGGCUUUGGGACCUGGCCCCUCCUCCGGGCUCCCUGUACUUCCGCGCGCCUCUACAUUUGAACUAGGCGCGCGCGCCAAACCUCUAACUUUCCUUUUGACAGUUACACUACUCCCUUCACUGCUCCCUCCCCUUCCGGAAGGGCGGCUUGCUCUGACCUCCCUCCUUUCUCUGCUGCCGGAGCUGCUUCCUCUGACACACUGGAAACUCCACCCCCUUCGCUGCACUCUGGUGGGGAGGCUGGUCCUGACGCCCAGCUGCCACUUUGGGAUCCUCCGCUGGCCCCCUGCUCCUGACACGUCCCCCCUGGGGCUCCUGGCCUUAACCACCGGCGCCCCAUCUGGGAAUCCUCUGAUUCGCUGGAAAGACUCAUGGAAUCUCUUGAGUCAUUGUCAUCCUCUUCCUCGCUGGCUUGGAAUUCAUCCCCAUCGCUCUCCAUCUCCUGCCUACCCUGUGCCUCUCUCCCUGAACCCCUGACACUAUGCAAUAUUUUUCUUUACAGCAUUGGACUUUCCUUUCGCUUCCAAACAUAUCCGCAACUGAGCAUCCUUUUGGCUUUGGCCCAGCCGAUUCAUCAGCUCUGAAUCUACUUGUACUUGUCCUCCGCUCUUCCUCAGAAGCAUGUUGGACGCCUUCCGACCUGAGGGGCUCAUCUUCCAGCGUCAUAACUUUUAUAUGCCUGUUGUCUUUGUCCAUGGAAUUUUCUUGGCAGGGAUACUGGAGUGGAAACAGUUACAGCAACAGUUGUACAGUUGUACACAAACAGUUACAGCAACCCAAAAGCAGUCUACUAAUAUGCUCACAUCUGGGCCAUUAAAAAAGCUCCUUUGCCCUCCUUAAAAUGCUGAAUAAUUCACUUCCCCGCCACCCUCAAUCCUCCUCACCGUUUUAAAGAGACCUGAGCGCAGUGAAUCAACUGGGCGGUGGCGGGGUGUGUGAUGUCAGGACACUGCCCGCUUUCUCUCCUCCCAGCUGCUCCUCACCCCGCAGUCACCCCCACCCCGAAUAGCUUCCUCUCACGCAGCAACAUUGUGGGGACUCCAGCUUCUCUUCCCAGAGUUCUUUCCCCGGCCGGUAUCUCCUCCUGCCUCUCACCGAGAGGCUUCCUCCCAAAGGGGCUCCUCUUGAGGCAGCCCCUCCCUCUUGCUUUAGACCCCUCCCCAAAAGGCACAGAGGUCUCUGCCUCCUUCCAGAGCAGAGGGACUCUAGGCUCGAAAGCCCCCCCCCCCUCAUCUGGCGACCUUCCUGCCCCACGAAUGCUGCUGCGUGAGGGCUGGGGGGGGCACCUGUGACUCUCCAGAUGCUGCAGUGUAGCUUAACCACUGCCCCCACCUCUGGCCAUCAGACUUCCUGGCAGCCCAAGCCCAACCUCAGCAAGCAAUGGUGUAGUGGUUUGAGGGCUGGAGCAGGAACUGGGAAAGAACCAGGAUUCAAAUCCUCACAUGAAGCCAGUCUCUACCUCUCAGCCCAACCUGCCUCUCAGGGAUUAAUAUAUAAAUAUAAUAUAUAAUUAAUAAUAAUAAUAAUAAUAAUAAUUCCACCUUGAGGUCCACAGGAGGUGAGCCAUGGCUACUUAUGUACAACAUUGACUCAUGUGGCUGCCUGCCCAGCCAGAGGCGUGGCUUUCCAGCAGCUGCCCUGCCUCUCCCUGGGGGUUCCCGUUCCCUGGAAAAUGGAGCUUUGCUCCUCAGGUGCUCCUUUUGAGAAGGCGGUCCAGGAGGAGACACCCUCUCCUCCUCCGCCCCUUCUGCAACUGUUCAGAGUUGCUUGCCCUGCAGACAAUAUUGGGGCCUUCCUCCUCUUCCUCCUCCUCCAUGGGCUCUGCCUCAGUUGCUGAGAUGGCACCAGAGAUGGGGCUGGGAAGGGGCCUCUGAGGAGGCCCUGGAGGAGGAGAUCUGCUUGCAGAAGUCCCUUCCCUGGCAGGCAGCCAUUGAGGUGGAGAUCCAAUGCAGGAAGUGAGAGUCCUCCUCUCAAGGUCAGUAGCCUGGCUGUCAGAGUCCCACUGCAAGGUCCAGAGCGGGAGACAGGCGUGUCCCUGGACCCAGGGCCUCACUGCUCCACUCCCUUCCUCCCUUCACCUGGGCUGCUCUCUGCCCCUCGCAGGUUGCGCUUGGCCUCUCUGAGAGCAAGUCACUCCCACCUUCGUGCCCUGUCAGCACAGACCGUCCUGCACAGGAAGCAAUGAGGCACCUGGCCAAGAAGACUUCUGGGGGCUGCCGACCAGCUGCUUUUUUCUGCUUUGGACUAACCCUCCUGCUGGUGGUGAGUCAAGGGGGCAGGUUGACUGGGGGAGUAUCAUGCUGUCUAAAAAUACCAGGCCUGGGUGGGGGUAAAAGCUGAAUGGAGGAUGCAGUCUUUCGAGGGGCGGGUGGGAGCAUCGUGGUGGUUUGUGCAUCUCCUGGGGCUGCUGCUGGUCACUGGGCUAAGUCAAGUUGCCCCCAACUAAAAAGCCCCAGCAGGGAGUGGGGAGGGCUCAGUGGGGUUGACUUUAGGGUGUGCAUGUGAUUGAAAAGGAAUGGUGAUGUGGGUCAAGAGUGGACAUGUUGCCUCUGUGGGGCCUGUUCCUGGUCUGUCCUUGCUGAGCCCCACUACUUGCAUUCGCCAUCAAGCCAGACAGUGUCAGACAGACGUGCAACCUGAGCGGGGGGGGGGGGGUUCCCAUCCUGAAGUUCCCACAAGUACCUACAAAAGACCCAUUGGGGGGGGGUGUCUCUCCUUCCUUUGAGGUUUUUAAGCAGAGGUGUGUGGCUAUCUGUCUUGGAUGCUGUAGUGGAGAUUCCUGCAUUUCAGGGGAUUGGACUAUGUGAGAUAUAAAACACCGGUCCCAAGAUUCUGAGACCUUUAAAUAAAAAGUUGAGCAAAAUUGGUGAAGCAGCAAAAAGUUAGUUUAUUGAUUACAUAUAUGUUUCUUUCAUGAUUUGGGUGUCCCAAAAGCAGGCACACCCCAGUUUAGUAAAACACAAGUUUAUAUCACCUGUUCCCCAUUGGGUGGAGGCACACAGGGGUUACAGUCUUAUCAGGACCGCCUAAUUAAAAUAUUAAACUCUCUGCCCCUAUUGACAUCUCCCAUCCCUCUAAAUCCAGGGACCAUCACUCUUAAUUAAUUUUACCCAAAUAAGGAAGUGUGUUCUCAUGCAUUUUCCCAAGAGAUGAAGCCACAUCCUGACCACCCUUAGGUGCACAUGACUUCUAUCCAGUUCUACCCUGCUGAAGUGUCUAAACCACAUUCCAGCAGUAAGCCACCCUGUUUUCUGGCAUUCUAACCCCAAGCCAGUAAAGAUAAGUCCCCAAGCGAGUCUAUGGUUUCUGAGUUGUUGCAACAUUCUGCUCAGAAGCUGCAACUUUUGGAGGCCUUUUGACCUUUUAUGCUUUUAUGAAAAAGAGACAUUUUUAUUCCUUACAGACCAGAUGACCCUCGGGGUCCCUUCCAGUUCUACGAUUCUAUGAUUCUAUGAUUCUAUGAUUCUAUGAUUCUAUGAUUCUAUGAUUCUAUGAUUCUAUGAUUCUAUGAUUCUAUGAGCUGCCUCUUGGUUUGCCUGGAGUGCUCACAUUUUGCUCAGUAAUGUUUCAGGGGCAAGUGAGCUGGGUGCCAAAGGGAAUGAGAUGUGGAAGAGCCCAUCUCUCGGGGAAAGGGGUUGGGCUGGGUGGUCUUCUGAGUUCUGAGGGGGGACCUUGUGCUUUGCUGGCCACUUGGGUGGGCAGGGGGGAAAUGCAAAAAGCUUGACUGACUGGUGGAGAUGAGAGGGAAGUGCCGCUUAAUCUCCCCCUCCAGCCCUUCUCAGCCAGUGUUCUGGAUGUGCACAUUUAAGGGACACGGCUUCCCCCCAAGGAUCCUGGGAGCCAUAGUUCACCCCCAACUGGACCAGAUUUCCCCUCACCCAAACAAAAUCCAGGAAUCUUUGAGGGGAGUCGUGUGGUGCCUCUAUCCAAGUUGGCAGAAGUUACUUAAACCUCUUCCUUUGGGGUCAAAUGCACUCUGCAGUGGUUUGCUGUCAGAAUCCCUGUUGGAUUUGGAGCUUGGAGGAGGGGAUUUGUCCCCCUGCCCGCCCUCUCCCUCUGUAGGAAGAGGACUUGCAGAAUUGAUGGGUGUUGCUGUGUGUUUGGUGUGUGUGAGGAGCAAAGUAAGAGCAGUCCAAAUUGGGAGUUAAGAUUAAAAAGGAAAAAGGUAGCUUUGCUUUAAAAAUAAAAUCAAGAACUUCCUUACAGUUGCUUCUUGUGCAGGGUCAAUUUUUUGAGAGAAAAUGUCUUUUGUUCCCUGCCCCAAAGGAAACUGGUGUGUGUGUGUGUGUGUGUGUGUGUUAGCAGGGGCUCCAUCUCCUCAAUGGGUUGGCCUGGCACUGCCUCCGGGCACUCCCCUCCCCUCCUUCCCUUUGGCUCUUCCCAGAUCCUUCUUGGAAGACGCUGUUCCUGCUGGGUUGCAGCAAAUAUAAUAAGCAGUUGUCUGGGAGUAUGAUGGAUGCUCCUUCCUCUUCCAGAGCCGCACCUCAGCCUCAGAUGUUUGGAUUGCACCUCCCUGCCUUCCAUAGUUCACUCAGCCCCACAAGGGCACCAGCGGAGCUUAACCAGGAGAUGCCCUGCCCCCCUCUGCCCUGCCCCUCCUUCCUGCAGGGCUUGAGGUCCCAAUGGGCUGGGAAAGGGUCCCAUCCUCAGGGUUGGGGGGGGGUGGUCUGCUGAACCUUGAGGGAGCUCAGCUUUCCUUCCUUCUUGCUUCUCUCUUGAUGCAUGGCUUCCCAGGGCUAAGGAGAAGCAGGGUCAGCCUGCAAUAAUAUUGAGUUGAAUAAUGGCUGGUAGGAAAGGGGUUAGGCAGGGACCCUCUCCUCUAGGCUCUGCUGCCCCCCCCCCCGCCCUUCAGACUGCUCAGGCCAGGUAGAAACCUUAUCCUACCAAGUAAGACGUAGAAAUGCCACGAAAACAAUUUUGCUUUAUCCCAAAGCUGUGGAAACUUUAAAUAUAUUGUACACUUUAUCCAAAAACGGUGUUUUUCUUUUGCUUUAUCCCAAAGCUGUGGAAACUUUAAAGAUAUUGUACACUUUAUCCAAAAACGGUGUUUUUCUUGACUAAAAGUUACUCUGGCUGCUAACGUCGUUCUGCAGCUCUAGCAGCACUUCUUGCAAAGAAACAGCAACGUCUUUUUCUUGUUUUUUUCUCUAGGUCACUUCUGUUUUCUUCACUUCUCACUUCUCUCUCUGGCCCCGCCGCCUCGUGCCGUGCCCCCCCCCCCCAUUUACACGAUUUUCAUCUGUGGCCCCCUUGGAAUAUCCUGGGGGGAGGGCCCAGGGAGCCGUGUGGCCCCCAGUUGAGAAACACUGCGCUAAAAGAUGGCCAGAAUGCAGAAGCCUAAUACAAAAAAGUCAUAAAAAUCCAAAUGUGUCAGGAGCAUCCAUCCAUCUGCCCUUCAGCCUCACUGGAGGCACCUGACGCACAGAGGGAAUAGACACCCCCCUGCGCAAAGCCCGGGUAUGGGGCCUCUCCUCGGUAGCCAGCAGGCGUCGUGGGGAGCGCGGAAAGACCCGGUGCAGGAUGUGAAUGGCCAUGUUUAUGCUGUAAACCGCCCUGAGAUCUAUGGAUGAAGGGCGGUAUACAAAUUUAAUUCACUACCACCAUAAUCUUCGAGGUGGGGGCUGGGAAAAGAGAGGGAGGGUCUCCCUUUCUAGACCUCUUUAAAAUAGGCUUUUAAAAUCCACAGAGGGCUCUCGAUGGCUCCUGGCCACAAAGGCUAGGCGUGGCACUCUACAGAGGCAGCUAUGCUUCUGGGUGCCAGCCCUGCCAGGAGGGGAGACGGCCCUGCGCUUGGAGCCUGCUCGCGAGUUUUCCUUCGAGGCACCCUCGAGCCAGCAGCCACAGGCUCUUCCGCCGCUCUGCUGCCCGCCUGACGGCUCUCCUUCUGUCUCCGCAGGUGCUGUACUACAUCAUCGCCACCGAGAAGCCUCGGGCCCAGUCGGCGCCCCCGCCCGCGCGCGACACCCGCCCGACCCCGAUGCCCUCGCCAGACGCCCGCGAGAUGCAGGCGCUGCUCCAGCUGAUCGAGUGGCCGGCUCCCGCCGAGGCCGCCGACGUGACGUUCGCUAGCUCCACCAGCCCGGAGAAGAGCGGCUACGCGCUCCUGCACGCCCCGCGCAACUACACGGUGGGCGACACGCUGCUGGUGCGCCUGGAGGCGCGCGACCACGCCGGGCGGCGCAAGCGCUACGGGGGCGACUUCGUGCGCGCCAAGGUGCACUCGCCGGAGCUGAAGGCGGCCGCGGCCGGGACGGUGCAGGACCACGGCAACGGCUCCUACACGCUGGCCUUCCCGCUGCUGUGGGCGGGCGCCGUGCGCGUGGCGGUGCGCCUCACCCACUCCAGCGAGGCCGUGGCGCUGUUGCGCCGCAUCCGCCGCUCGCAGCCCUCCACGGUCGCCUUCUCCGGCUACUUCGCGCAGCCAGACCAGCCGGGCAAGGAAGAGGUGACCGAGUGCAACGUCCACCCGCCGCCCGGGCCGGCCUGCCAGUACGUGGACCCGGGCACCGGCGAGCGCUGGUUCUGCGCGCGGCCCCAAGCGCACCCUUGCACGGCCCUUGUGCGCCACUCGUCGGGGCGCUACAAAAGCGUGCUGGCGCCCAGGGAGAAGGCUCUCUUUGCGAGGUGAGAGGGGCGGAGGGGGGUGCCAAGUCGCCCAGGAGGCUUGUUAGACAGGUCUUUCAAAGAGAGAGGUGGGGGUUUUGUUUCUGCUUUUUAUAAGGUUUUAUUAAAGCAUUUUCAUACCAGAGUAAGAGAAAAUAAAAUAAAUGAAAACAAACAGCGAGAGAAAGAGAAGAGAAAACACCAAAGGAAAACAAAAAGAGAAAAGGAAAGGAAAGGAAAGGAAAGGAAAGGAAAGGAGGGAAAUGAAAAGAGGAAAAGAGAGGGAAAGUAAAAAAGACUUAUUUUUCUGUCAGUUACAUAAAAGAAAAUAUUCAAAAUAUUCACUCUAGAAUGACCUACAACUGGCAAUAUUUCCUGAAACGUCCAACACAAAUGUCACAGAUUAAUUCAUUUUCCUUUUUACACAAGAAGUUCAAAAGGUGUUCUCUAAUUAUUCUUAUUAAUAAACGUUAGCAAUCGUUUUUCUCUAAUCAGACAUAUCAGCUUUGUUUCCAAUAACUUCAACAACCUCCAUAUUAAACAAUAAUAAAUACUUCCAUCUUUGUCCACACAAGAGUCUCUCUGCUGUAAUCAUAUAUUUUAAAAAAUUCCAGUUAUUUUCUAAUGUUUUGAAUAAUUUUUAUAUGCAGUUGACAGACAAAGAAUCAGAAGUUCUCAUUUUUUCUUUCUUCUUUUCUUUCCCUCCUAUUUUUCUUUUUCAUUUUUUGUUUGUGCUUUUAUUUAGAUCUGUUUGUUUUAUGUUUGAUAUUCUAAAAAGAUAUUUGAUAUUAAUUUUUGUAUAUCCCCACCCCCAACAGAAUCUUUUGAAGAAAAACAACAGAGAGCAGGGUGGGGAGGGGAGGGCAGGGGAGGCGCCCCUCCAUCUCCCAGGGGCCACCUGGGCGGCUUCUGCAGAGUGUCUCUCUGGGCCCUGACUCCAAAGCCGUCCUGUGACCCUUUCCUGUAAAAGCAGCAGGUAGGAAAGGCGGAGGCGAGGCAGGUGAAGGUGCCUGAGGGAGAUGCACCAGCACGGUCAGUCAGCAGCCGGAACCAGCUGCUGGAGGGGCUCUGGGGGCCCUUGAUGCCCUUUGUUCUUCCCUAGAGCCAGGAGUUUCCCAGGAGAAGCACCUGCAGGAGCCCCUCUUCCCCUUCCCCACUUCUCAUUUCUCUCUGUCCACACAGGGCUGUGACAGACCAACCCAUCCCAGGGAGUGUGCCUGUUAUCCGGGUGCUGUCCAACCCCCAGCAGGCCAUCGGUGAGUUGCCAGGGGGGUCAGUUGCCCCCUGCUGGGUCCUGGUCCCUUUAUUUCCUGGUCACAUAUUUCUCCAACAUAUUUCAAGUCUGUCAAUCAAGUUGCCUGGAAAUACUUGAUAAUAGAUGUCGGAGACAUCCUUCUGAAAUGGUGAAUUCCUGUCUCUUUGGACAGAGUGGCACUUUUCGGGCCUGGUGGGAGCUGACCAUCUCUCUCCUUUGCCCGCUUCCCUGCAGUGACGCCACCCCCUCAGCCGUGCCGCCCUGGCCUUGCCCCCGCCAACCCGGUGGGCUUCUACUACCAGGACACCUGGGUUUCCUUGCUGUGUUCCAGUCGGCCCUUCACUACUCCAGACUCGGCCCUCAGCUGCCUGAAAGGAAAGAUCGUCCACAUGGUUGGAGACUCCACCCUGCGCCAGUGGUGGGAGUUCCUGGUGGAAUUCAUCCCUUGUGAGUGCCUGGUCCCCUGGGGCAGUGGCAGGGGGGGACACUUUGGGCAUUCAGGUGGAACCGGAGGCAGGUAGAGCUGAGCUGAGCUGAGGAGACCAGGCAAAAAGAAAUGGAGGGAAGAGGACAAUGAGCAGGGGGGUACAAGGGAGGUCCCAUUUGGUCAUGCCGGGUGGAAAGAGGAGGAAUGGAUGGCUGGGGCUAGGAGAAGCAUGGAAGGGGCCAAAUAACUAUAUUUUACCCAACAUGGGUCUCGAACCCAUGACCCUGAGUGAAAGAUUCUUGUGCUCUACCAACUGAGCUAUCCAGCAACUCUUCAAACCCUGGUCUCUCCAAGGUCUGAGUCCAACACUCUAACCGAGCGGGUUCUCAAAGGGUGUGGCGCACCAUAGUGGGGCAGCAGGAGAGGAUAGCAAGUGUGGCAGAAGAUUCAAGGGCAAUUCGAGAAAUGCUUAAAUUAUAGUAUAGUACAGCAUCAAAAUCAUUUUUUGCAUUUGCAGAAUAUGGAUAGAUAUAUUUUCCAAAUGAGAGCAAGAGCCUCAAGAAAUGCUGAGGACAAUCCAACUUGGGUUUUCCAACACAUUUCUUAUUAAUGAAAAAGUUUGGUGUGGCGGGAGUAGAUUUUUAUUCCAAAAGUGCAGCCCAGAGAAUAAAGUUUCAGUACAUUACUCCUGAGUUGCAGAAGGUUGGAGUAGAUGACCCUUGGGGAUCCCUUUCUACUCUGUGAUCCUAACCACUGCUCUAGCUGCUCUGGGUCCCUGUGAGGGUGGGCAGGACCCAGAGCAGGAGAACCCAGGGAUGUUUGGGGUCUGAAUCUCUCUCUGUCCCCCCUCUCUCCCUGCCCCUCCUGCCAGCACUCCAGCACAUCGACCUCCACGUCACUUACCAGUCGGGGCCUCUCCUGGCCGUGGAGGCCACCCGGGGCCUGGUGUUGAGCUGGCGUGCCCACGGUCUCCCUCUGCGCACUGGCAAGACCAUGAUGGCUGACUUGCACUACCUGGCCAACGAGCUGGAUGGGCUAGGCGGUGGCCCUGACACCGUGGUGGCCUUCACGCUCUGGGCACACUUCACCACCUUCCCCCUGGAGGUCUACAUACGGCGGCUGCGCCGGGUGCGGCAAGCUGUGGCCCAGCUCUUGGCCCGCAGCCCCCUCACCACCGUGGUCAUCAAGACGGCCAACACCGGCUACAAGUCUGUCUACGGCAGCGACUGGCUCUCCCUGCAGCUGGACCACCUGCUGCGCGCCAUGUUCACCGGCCUGCGCGUGGCCAUUGUGGAUGCCUGGGCCAUGACCUCCUGCCACUACCUGCCCGACAACAUCCACCCUGGCAAAGUCGUGGUGCAGAACGAAGUUGCCUCCUUCCUCUCCUACGUCUGCCCAUGA